UGGAAGCGUGGAGCUCCCGUGAGCAAAAAGCUCAACACUUCAAAAGUUUUCUCGUAUUUCUUUGCCUGUUUUUACUGCGCUAUGAAAUCCUCAAAUAAAGACGAAGCCUCGACUUCCGAUCACGAUGAGGAAGAUGCUGCAGUUUAUAUUUAUGAUCGCCGGGCUGGUUGCAGGCCGGUUGAAAAGAUCCAAUUAGGCGGCAUUUUUAAUUUUGCCAGUUUCAAGGAAAAGACACGACAAGUAAGCAGUGGAGUUUUCUUUUUCUCUCUUAUGGUUAUUUUCGCCAAUAUUAAAUGACAGCUUCUUGUGUGGCUUGAAUUUCACACUUUUUUUCAGGCUUUUAGUAUACCAGAAAAUGAGAAGUUUGUAAUCGUGACCACCAAUCGUCAAGAAAUUUGUGAUGACAAGACCUACGGUACGCGCAAACACCUGUUGCAUUUUAAGCUGUUAUAUCUUAAAUUUUGUAGUCCUAAGAGCAAAAACAGGUCUUUUAUGCACUGACCUCAAAAUUCUCGUUGAAUUUCAAUCACCUGAUCUAGGUCCUUCUUGUUAAACCAUUAAAACGUUCUGUCUCUUUUCAGAAGAAAUGGUGGAUGGAAAUGAAACAUUGUACAUUUUGCAGCAGACUGACCAAGAGCUCAGUGCUCCAACUGAAGAGAGAGUUGAAUACAUUCCUCAUUAUGAUACGCUGGUAAAAAGUGGAAUGUAUGAAUAUUAUGCCAGCGAGGGACAAAAUCCUUUACGUGAGUAGAACUCUGACUUGUAUUGUAUGUCAGACCUGGGGGGGGGGCACUUUAGGAAUUUCUGGGUGGGGAUGUGCCGCUGGGACCCUGGAACCCUUGACCUAUACCAGAGCUAGUUCAGCUGAAUUUUGCUACCCUAUACUAGAGUAAACUCCCAAAAUCCCCCUAUCCUAGAGUAGCUGUUUCCCCAGUCUAGAUAAAAUCUUCAACCAACUGAUCAGUUUCCCGAAAAAUGAUACCCUAUUCUAGACCCAAACGCUCUGAUUUAUAUACCGUAUCCUAGAGUAAGCUGCUUGAAAACCAUACCCUUCACAGCGGCACAUACCCAUAUAGCCCAUAUGUGGCAGUACCCCCGGGAUGUCAGACCACCUCUUUGAUAAUUAUGUGAAAUGGGUAAGAUUUCUGUACAACCCUAUCAUUUAUUAUGCAAGCAGCAGUUUCUUACUAUUUCACACAAAUAUGUAUAAUAAAUGUAUGGGCUAGUUGUACGGUAACCUUACAGUGCACAUUUUAAAAACCACUUUAUGUUUUGAUCAAAAUAGGUCAAGUCAUGUUUCAUGUGGUGUGAUUGGGAUUGAUUGACAGCACAUCAGUAAAAACCGUUCAUGAUUGAAUAAAACCUACGCUACAGGAGGAAAAUUCCUCCUGUAAAUUUGGCAUGCUGCAGGGGAUAAAAGUCCUUCGUGCUGGGUCUUACUACUGGAACUGGAAAUGACUUUGAGAAAGUCUAUGAUAAAAAUUGUUUCUGUUACUGUAUUCCGUAUUUUAGCUUUUGCUUUCGCGGAACUUGUGGAUAAUGCAUUGGCUGCAACAGCAGAUAAUGAGGGACCAAGGAAGAUUGAAAUAAGACUGGUAAGGCAUUGAGAUACUGCAAUAUCAAGCAUAAGCAUAAGGAGGUAGUGUGCUAGCCAGGACAGCCUUAAACCAGGUGGGAGGGGGGGGGGAGGGGAGGUGGGUACUUAAGAUUUCAAGUGAUGGGGAUAAUGGAAGGAUUUUUUUUAGUUUAGAUUUUUCAAUUCUGGGAGAUUUUUGGGUGGAUUGAUUUAAGUAGGGAUUUUUGGGGGUAUUCAAAACAAUCUGAAGAUUUGUGGUAGUGCCGGUGUAUCCCGGCUGCGUAGUUCUGUGACUGUUUUUUUGUCUAAUGCUUUUCAUGAGAUUUUGGGGGGUUAGUUUUUGGUCCAGGGAUUUGUUUGAGUAUUGUUGUAACCCCUAGGGAUUUUUUGGGGGUUUUGAUUUUUGCCCCCUUUCGAUCAUCCAUGUCACUUAAAAUCUGCAGUACCCCUCUUGGGGGCCUUGACGUAAGCACCACCCAAAUGUCAAACCAAAACAUAAUCUUGUGUUCUUCUUAUGCUUAUACUUAUAACUUGCACGUGGUUGAUCAUUCCUACGCCCUGCUUAGAAGUAUAGGUUUCUAAAGUCCUUUUCUUGGUUGUAAAUUGCAGAGAAUACGACAAAAAACCUAAUUUACCUUGUUUUCUUGUUAAUUAAUGUGCAUUUAUUAGAUGUUUGAUGACUCUGUUGGAAAGCCUGUCGUGUGUAUCCUUGACAAUGGUGCAGGGAUGACAUCAAAAGAACUCAACAACUGGGCUAUCUAUCGUCUAUCCAAGUUUAAUCGGCAAAAUGGCAAGAAAGCGUAAGUUCAGAAGUCACAACUUUAAAAAUUAUAUGUAACUUUAGUGACAUGGCCAGUGUGUUUUUUUCAGAUCUAUUAUUUUAUUCUUAACUAAAGAAUCAACAUAAAGAAAAGAGUCUUACAUGGGGAAGUGUACAUUGUAGUUUUUGUAUUAGGUGCAAUAUAAUCGUACGACUUCAACUUGGGACCUGGGAUAGACCUAUUCGGCCAACUCAAUGUUGUACCCAAUUCAAAUCUCCCGGGGUUAAGAUUCUUUGUGUAUUUUAUUUGCAUCAUAAUGUGGCAUACUCAUUUAAAUGUAUGGAAAUUCCUGAAACAAAAAGUUUUAUUCCCAAAGGGUUUGAAUUGGAUACAACAUUGAGUUAGCUGAUUAGGUCUAUCACUGCAAUGAUCGAUUCCUUCCUUUCUCCUGACUUAUCUGUCUAUAGCUUGUGUUUUAUUCAUGCAUUGCCCUCUUUUGAAUAGAACUACCAUUAUUAUAUGAGUCACUAAGAAGAACAUUACUCUGACUGACAUUGUUAAUGUAUACUACUGUAUUUUGUAUUUUUCCUUUUUUGCAGUGUAGCAGAUGUUCCAAGGUCUUUAAAUAGUGAUAUUUCAUACUUUGGUGUUGGUGGAAAGCAAGCCAUUUUCUUCAUUGGAGAUGCUACCAGGGUAAGAGAUUAUGUACAUUGUAUUCAUUUGGCAAUAAACCUGUUGAUACAUAUUUUAAGAGUUCCUAAUUUGAAAAACCCAUUAGAAUGUAAAUUGAGGUUGUAUUGCUUGACAUUUUCUCUCUUUGACCAAAAGAAGAUUGAUAUCAAAAUGUGAGGUAGACCAGGGUUGUCAGAAAGUUUUGAAGUAGACAGCUGAGUUGUCAAAGUAAGCGGCCAGUCCAGGGAUAUUUUAUUUAAAAAACGCCAUUGGUAAAGAAUUACCAAGCAGAGUACCUUAUUAUAGGAAAUUACUGCUCCAUGAAAUUAAGGUAUUGGAAAUUGACGCGACUUAAAUUAAUGCAAAUUUAAUGGAAAAUGACUUUCGAAUAAAGAAUUUCAUAAUAAAGGAAAUUAAUGCGAUUAAGACACAUUUGGUGGCCGAAAUCAAAGGAGAAGAUAUUGACAUCACUUCUGACAGCGGCAACGAUGAAGAUGAACUCGAAAUAUUGUAAACCUUCACCCUAGCUUUUGUGAAAGAUGAAAAAUAAAGGGUAAAUGGAAAGAAAGAAAGCUUGUAGUUAAUGUUUUUUAGGUGUCAAGAAUGUCUGGACAGGUUCCAAAAUUGGGGUUAAAAUACUGGAAAUUAAGAGCACGGAAACUAAUGCUGCACUUAAUUAACGUCGCAGAAAUUAAUGCUCAACAAAGUUAACGCAACUUAAAUUAACACAAAUUUUAACGACUCGUGUUCAUUUCAUGGAGCGUUAAUUUCCUUUAAUAAGGUAGCCGGCCAAUACUAACCAAGUAGGCAGUGAUUUUCACCCGCAGCCGGCUAGUUUUGACAAUACUGUAGUUACUGUUGGAUGUCAUUGUUUAAAAGUAACGUCAUCGUAUGUAUGCCAGGGUACUAUCUGAUGUAUUAAGUACUAACAUUACCCCUCAGGAUUUCCUGUAUUGGUCCUGCAAUAAAAAGAUCUCUUCUUAGACAAUUUAUAAGAAUUCCUUUUUUGACCAUGACUGUGUGGUCAAGGUGGCUGGAUAUUUAUAGCCUCUUUUUUCACUGUGCUUAACUUCAUCUUAGCCAAUAUUUAGCCAUCAUUUGCUUUUGCAAAUAGCAAGCAUUACUACUUACAUGACAAGAGGAUUAUUAUGACUGAUUGUUAUCAUUAAGUUCAGAUUAGAAGAAAAGGUGUAAAUAUUUAAGCAUCACAAGUACUCUAUCUGUGCAAUGUUUUCCCAGAUGGUCACAAAAUCGAAGGACUGCAGUGAUAUCCACGAGCUUUGCCUAUCUCAAGCAGAAUUUGAACGCAGAGAAAAGAACAAACAGGCAAUUUAUGGUGGUGCUAUACUUAACAGGAGGGUACGUGCAGACAACAUGAAGUGUUUUUGUUGCUCCAUAUACUUUUAAGUACGGUGCAGAGUAUGUAAGGUCCAGGUUGGAUGUAGUGUUAUCAUGUUUUACGUUAUUUACUUCCAGCCCCGGGGGGCGGGGGUACUCCCAUAUAUGGGCUAUAUGGGUACGUGCCGCAGAAUAAGGUAUGGGUUUUGAGGUUCUCGUUCCUUAAAUAGGGUAUCUUUUUUGACCCCUUUGUUUCUGUGUCCCUGGUGUGGUCCUUAUAGAUAGGGUAGCUAAUAAUUGUAUUAUCUAAUAAUAGAGUGUGAAAACGCCCGCCUAAACGAACAUUUUUUUUUUAAACUAGGCUUAUUCUAGUAUUUUAUGCUUGAUGCUAUACAUCCAAUGUUACAGAGAAGAAAUAAAGUUUUCUUUUUCAUGCUAUUAAUAAUUCUGUUUUUUCCUUGAAUAGGGUGUCAUUUUUUGGCUUUCGGCUUUAAAAAGGGUAUCAGUUUUGGCUUUCUUAGUCCUUAAAUAGGGUUAGGGUUGACGAACCUUCGCGGCACACCCCUAUCCAAAAUUCCCAAAUGGAAUGGCACGUUAAAACCAUUUGUUUUUUCAUCACCAGAGAAUUUCCAGUUUUUCCAUGUAAAUGGUAUAAAGUACCCCUGCCUUAAAACAAACAAGCCCAGCUUCUCCUGAUGUUUAUAUAAGUGAGCAUAAUUAUGCUAGCCUCAUGUUUGUAAUCAUUGUUUCCACUGUUUAUCAAGGCUGUGAUCUAGAAAAAAAAUAUUACAGAUCCUUAAAACUUUAAAAACCUUUGAAAUCGUGGGUGCCUGGUUUGUGCAAAACAAGGUUAAGAAAACCCAGGGUUAAUAUUUCAAUUUAGAUAUGAAAGCUUAAAAAGCAAAUUCAGUUUUAUUCUUUUUGUCUACAAUUUGAUGAUUGGAUGCUCUAAAAAAUAAUGAGAAAAUUAUCCAGAAAAAUGCUUUUGAACAAAACACAAAGAAUUCCAGGUUAAAAUUUAACCCCAGGUUAGCGCUAAUCAGCCUUCGAAACACUGGGCCCAGGGUGGCUGGUUUGUGCAACUGUUAAAGUAAGUUGUGAAAAGGCUAAGUAAUAUUUCCUUGUCACCCAGUUAUACAUAAUUAUAGCUGUAAGUCUCUGUCCAUGACCACCAGCCUCCACUGGAGAACAACCCAGGUGUACAGUGUAUGUUCAAACUACAGUACAAUAUGCAACAGAUUGGUGACUUUGUUUUGCCCUGAUUUUUUGGGCAGGCUGGAGACCAUUCCCACAUCCCAGCUGAUGAAGAGAGUGUCAAGAAACUUGUACAAGAAGAGCUGCGAAAAGAAAGCUUUACAGCUGUGGUUAUAACUGGAAUCAAACAGGAACACAUUGCUUAUAUGAAGGCGCAUUUCAAGCACUGGUGUCGUCAACUAGCGUACGACAUAUUCUAAAUUAUUACACCAGCAAUUUCCCUAGUAACAAAGGAAUGUAGCCUUAGCUUGUUGGUAGUCUCUCAACUCUCUUUGAACAUAAUAUUUCUGACAAAAAUUGCCAUAAGUCAUCUUACAUUUGAUAACCAUCAGCAAGGCUGUCGUUAAGGGCCGGGACCUAAAAUUUUUACCCAGCUGCUACAAGUGGCAGGGGGUCUCCCAUAUAAAAGUAGCAAUGGGGAUGCUCGUCAUCUUUCUUUGGGGUGUAAAUAAAAAUUGCAGAUUUUGGCCUCAUUAAGGGUGUUUGGGAUGGAAAGUUACUAAAUUAAAUUAUUUGCCCAUUCCGGUAUUACUUAGUUCUGUGCAUUAAGUAAUAAUUUACAAAAAAUGCUGUGACACUGACCACACAGAAAUCUCUUUUAGGGGUCAUUUUAAGCUUGAGCCACACCCACAUUGGUCUCCCUUAGGGGUUUAAUUUGAAUUUUCUGAUGUUGAAUUCCCUGUCUACAAACUGCACAUUCCUUAUUAGGGUUGAAUGCACUAUAGAUUAAUUUUUGAAGAUUGCAGUGAUUUUGUUACCUCUGUCCUGUGUCCGGGACCCAUAAAAUCCCCAAAGAUGCAAAACAAUUUAUUCAUGGCCAUGCAUCCCGUAGGACGCAAUGUUCGAUUGAUCAUUCUGAAAAUGUGUAUUAUUUUGUAGGAAUAUCCAACCCAUUCAUGCAAUUUCGGUGGUAGUUAUUAUGGAUGUUGUUUAAUGAUGCAUAUUUCUUUUUGCCUUUGUUGUCAGGGUGCAAAGAAAGUCAUUUUUACAGCUUGCCAUUCGGCAAGCUGAAGCUAACAUUAAGCCCAAACAUCUUUUCAAGGAGCCCCAAAAAUGUUUUGAUGAGCAGAAUUGAUUUCACAGUUCUUUUUUUUUUUGGAAUUUCACAAAAAACUUCACUUGCCCAUUGGGCAAGUUAAGAACAGAAUUUACUAGCCCGAUAGCAAAAUCCAGUAGCCCCGGGCUAUCGGACACUACUUUCUUUACACGCUGGUUGUGCAUUAAAAUAGAAGGACAAAAAAUUGUUUUAAUUUUAGUUUACUGUAAUACAGAUUUUUGUAGUCUGUCUUCAGAUUAACUGUCUAAUUACAAAAAGGCCCAAGCAUUUUCAAUUUCUGACUUUAUUUUUUUUUUUAACUGGGACUCAUUGGUUCUGGACUGGGACUAGUGAUUUUUCCCGAGAUGAGUCCCAGGAUCACAAUAAGUUUUUUUAACCAUUUGUAAAAAGAUCACUGCAUUGUUUAACUACAAGACAAGACAAGACAAGACAUUUAUUAUCAUAAUAUUACAAGUACAAUAAUUUUUUGGCACGCAGUUAGCAGGAAAAUGCUAGUUGAGGUGUGCCAGCUUAAUUCUAUUACAAAACAAAUAUUAUAUUAUAUAAUAAGUAAAAAGCAAAGAAAAAGAAAAGAAGAGAUACCGUAAAAUUCCGAAAAUAAGCCCCUCCAAGUAUAAGCCCCCCAAACCGGUGAGUCAAAAAACCCUCCAUUAAAUCGCCCCUCCAAAUAUAAGCCCCCCGGGGGCUUCUACUUAAAAAGUUGCCCUCAAAUAGAAAAUAAAACAAAGCAAAAACGGUAAAUUUACUUUGAACUAUAAGGCUAACCCAAUCGAUUUGUAAACGCAAAUUUCCCUCCGUAGAUAAGCCCCUCCGAAUAUAAGCCCCUCCAAAAAAAAGCCCCUCAAAAAGGGCCAUUGAAAAAUAUAAGACCCGGGGCUUAUUUUCAGAAUUUUACGGUAUGUGUAAUGAAUUCAAAAGCAAGAAAGACAUCGUUUUCUUCCGCUUUGCUUAAGGUUUUAGUAAUAGAAAUUUAACAGACAUUUACACCGAAGUAGAGCUCAAAAACAGCGCGACCUACUCGCUCGAAGGCCAUGCCGAUGUUUACUAGCCCAAACAUCUUUUCAACUAGCCCCAAAAUUGUUUUUGAUGAGCAGAAUUGAUUUCACAGUUCUUUUUUUUUUACUACAGGUAAAAUAGCUAGCACAGUACUAGAAAAAAACUCUGCACUGCUCAGUAGUUUUUAUUAACUAGACACACUUAAAAACUCAUUCUCUGACUCCAUACAGCUGUAGUUGACUUAUUUUUAAAUGUGUUUGAUUCUCUUUGGCAGACAUAUUUACCAUUAUUAUAUCCAUGGACCACGUGGAAAUGAUGAACCUGUAGGAAGAGGAACUACUGCAAGUCCUUUCAGAAACAUUGACAUACAGGUAGGUUUAUCUUCAAUAAUUUUAUUAUUCCUGAUGAAUUCCUCUUUUAUUGCUGUGUAGUCCCUUGGAAGGGGCAAACUGCCAGAACUGGCUGGCUGGACUGCUCAUUUUGAAAAGGAAAUAAUAAUUAUACUCUUUUACUUGAGCAAAAACCUAUUCUUGCUGUGCAAAUUACUUUAGGAUUACAGUGUAUUUUGUGUAAAGUAACCUGGCUGGCACUUAAUUGUGUCCAGAAAUGCAAUAAUGGCAAAAAUGGCGACUCUGGUGCAAAAUUGCCAGAGGCUUUGCAAAAAUUUAAAUGUGAUUACUAGAGGCAAAGUAUCUAUCUGUAUCAAUAUACUAGUAGCAUCAUCAUCAUCAUCAUCAUCAUCAUCAAUCUUUACAUGAAAUUGUAUCACUUUUACAUGGUCUUUGUGUGUAAAAUUAGACUAAAAUACUCUAAAGAACUAUUUGACUGUAAAGUUAAAAAUACAAAAACUCAUAUUAUAAUAGUUAAAAUCAGUCAUGGUGUAUUAAGGUUUCUAAUCCCUCAGGGAAUAUUGUUCCACAGAACAUCAUUAUGGAUGAGCAUUGAAGUGUUGUCCUUUAAAAAGCAGGGUUUUUUUAUUCCUUCAGGUGGUUCUUUUUGAGAAAGGUAAACAACCUAAGAGAACAGAACUAAGGGAUAUUAACGACGACAUGCAGACUCAGUAUAUCAGAACAGCUGCUUCUGUGUUUGAGUUCCGUGCCAAGGCUGAGAACGGUGGUGUUGUGGAGGGUGUUCUUCGUUACCAUCCUUUCCUUUAUGAUCGAGAAACUUACCCAACACUUGAUGGAGAAAUUCCAGGUAAAAAGCAUGAGACAGUGUCUCUCUCCUAGCACCCCCCUUUGUGGAUUGGUGUACAAUAAGAUUCAGCAACACUUCCCACCAGCUACCCCUUCCACUAAACCGACAUUUUGCCCUCAGUAAGAAGCUUGUGCUACAAGAUUGGGUUAGGGGAGGGGUAGGUGGGUUGUCUCACAGAAUCUUAGUUAUACUGCGUCAACCUUGUGCAGGUCCUUAAAAGUCCUGUGUUAAUUUGUAAAUUAUUUUUGGCCUUAUAGAUAAAAAUUAAAAAGUAUCAAAAGAUUGAUCAGUUCACAAGAAGCUACAAGAAAAUCAGUUCUAGUUUUAGACUCAAAAGUAUGCUACAUGCAACUAUAAUCUUCUGGUAGAUUAGACGUUACAAGAUAGUUUUAAUACAGCCACAUGCACAAUAAUCCUUCUCUUCAUAACAUUACGUUGGAAUUGUUGGAAAUCAACACAAUUUCUAGAAAAAUCUUAUAUUUUUUUAGAGAUUAGAAAUCCGGUCAGUGUAACGCAGACUGCGGACUGCAGACUGCAGACUGCAGACUGCGGACCAGGGGUAAAAUGCAGACUGCAGACUGACAGAAAAAUGCAGACUGGGGUAAAAUGCAGAAUAAAGACUGUAGACUUUUUUAAACAUUUGUGCUCCUUCUUCUCCAAAUCGGUGAAAUAGCUAGCUGGUAUCAGUUACACACUUCGCUUCCUAGUUGAAGUGGAUUGCACAUUCGCCAGAAGUUUCAAUGAACAUCUGAACAGGUUAAGUCUGCGUACCUUGAUUUGCAAUACUUUCAUAGAAGGUAAUCCAAAUUUCCUGCAGAACAUCUUUCUUUGUUGUUGGAAUGAUUUACUCCCUUUUUUUCAGCAUAAUUCUUCCUGUACAGAAUUUUGCGUCAGCAGCGUAAACAUCGUGGUGUUGUAACAAUUCACGGUCCCUGGUCACGUAUAUUGAAAACUUCGCGUCUAAACUUGAAGCGUGAGGUCUCUCGGACGGAAAAAAGGUUCAAGAUUGCGAUUAUAUGUUUUUGGGUCAUCGACAACGUUCUAGAGAAGAAAGUCCUCAAUGGAUUUGUGAAAGCAGAUGUCAUCAAGUAAGUGUUCGUUUACAUGUAUUUGCGAGAUUUUUUGACCCUUAAACCUUUCCACAACUACAGUUUAUGCUCGGUCUGCAUUUUACCCCAGUCUGCAUUUUACUCUCAGUCUGCAGUCUGCAGUCUGCAUUUUACGCUCAGUCUGCAUUUUACCCCUGGUCCGCAGUCUGCAGUCUGCAGUCCGCAGUCUGCGUUUUACACUGACCGAUUAGAAAUCUAUCAUAUGUAUGGUUAACAUGAAUGUUUAUAAUGUAGUUGGCUUUCUCAUACAUUGUCUUUCUCAUUCAAAGUACAGUACCGAGGCAUGUCCCUGGGUAUGGCCACCUGAAAAUGUAUGUGAUUUUAUGCUUCAAAACAAAGCCUUAGAUAGUAAAGUUACAAUGGAUGCAAUGUUCUAAAAAAACAUUUGAUUAUUAUUUUUGUAGAAGAGUUUGAAAAGGACAGUCGUGCUCCUAGAGGAAACCGACCUGUAUUUGAAUGCUACUGGAAUGGAAGGCUAAUUCCAUACACUUACACUGGUGUGUAACUUUGAACGUUACAGUAAUUGUAAAAACUGGGAAUUGUAAAAUCAUGCUGAUCCUGUUAUUAUUCUUUUGUGUCAGACUUGAAUGGUGUCAGCCCCCAAAGAAGAUAACUAUUCCAAUGGAGUGUUACAGCAGGUAUCUACCGGGUAAAAAUAAUAAAGCAUUUGCUCAUUAGUGCAUGUAACUUUAGUUUGAGGCCCUUGUUAAAACUUACAAUAGCUGCCACUUUUUUUGUCAUAUGUGCACUGUAUGGCCUCAGCAAGGAGCACACAGGCCUUAAAUCUUCAGCCUGCAGAGCGAGGCAGCAGGCUUUUAGCCAGACAUUCUAAACUGGCUAUCCUGAAGGCAAGUUUUUCCAUAAAAUUAUAAGAGAUUAAGUGAAUUUUCCUGUUUUUUAAAAUAGAUGUCCAUAGGACGCCUGGACUCCCUUUUGGCUAAAACCUGGCAUUGGCAGUCUCAACAAUGAUACCUCUUUGGCAGUACUGACCUUUAAGGAAGAAAUAAUAAUGAUGUAGUAAAUUAUUCAAAGAAAAUUCUAUAUUACACUGCUGUAUGUUUGUAUUUUUGUGCCUGGUUAGUGCUGUAUUACAGUGUGCAGUGUGUACCCAUAAUUAUGUGGUGGUGUUUUCAUUUGAUUUCUCAUCAUAAUAGUUGGGUAUUUUAUUCAAAUGUUUGAUACGGUGAUAUUCCCUUGGAUUUUGCUUCAGCUGCCACUGAAUUACUUCGCUUUAAAAUUUUGUAGGUUUUCAGGUUGUCUUAGGACAAGUGACACUUUUCAAAUAAGUACAAACAAGCUGACAUUUAUGGAUCUGGAAGUAAAGAUCAAAGGCAAGAAUACCAUUUCAGCAGAAUCAUUUUAGGAGGGGUGGGUGUAAUGAUAUAAGGCCAAGUUCAAGACAUAGUGUCAAAUGUUUUAUUUACUGUAUCUAAUUCCUUUAUUAAUUUUGUACAGUCGAACCCCGCUUUACAGACACCCAUUAAAUAGUACAGACACCUUGUUAUUAUGGACAGUUCUCUAUGUCCCUAGGGAAAGCCCUUACAAUUUCUCUAAUUUUGAACAAUUCACUUAAUACAGACGCAUGUUAAUGCAGACAGACACUUAUUUCUUGCCCUAUCAACGAAUAUUCAUAAAAAGCCAACCUCUCUAAUGUGGUCACUGUCACUUGUUAUCAACUGUGUGCUGUUAUAGACCUUUCCUUUUUGAAGGUAAAAAAUCCUUCGGUUGACAGCACGUCAAUGCUUCCAGCGCUACAUGAUACACCGAUAAUUGAGGUUGAGGUCUGUUUGGAUUUUGAAUAAUUUUUAGAGGCCUGGUAGCAUUUAGAAACAUUAGUGGGAUAAGACAGUGUCCUGCAAGCAGAGCUUUCUUUCUGGCGUGCUUUUUGCCUUGUGUGAGUCGUUUAUGCGGCACACAUCACUUGGCUUGUUUACGUUUGCAUGUAUUGCGUCCCUCUUGCAACUUCAAAUCAUUCAAAAGAAGUGAUCUUGAAAACUUUAUUUGAGCUAUACCCAAAUAAUAAGGGGUGUCAAUAAAUUUUCAGUGAAGUAGAGUAUGUCUGCAUCAACAAGGUUUGAAGGAAGCUUUCCUCUGUUGUACUGUUCGAAUACUUUGAUGUCAGUGGUCAGUUUACCAAAAACUUCAGAAUCGCUGCAGUUCUUUUUUUUCAUAAACAUAGUGAACGGAUUACUUUCAUCCAAGUGCCCUGGUUCAAGUAAUUGCACUGUAAUAUCUCAUUUAAUUUUUUGUCCGUCCAGGAGCAAAGAGUGAACAUUUCAAGAGCAUUUUAUGACUGGGUGAGAGAAUGCCAUGAGAACCAUGACAAACAGGUAAUGUUGGCUGAGAUGAAAAUGAAAAAAAUCACUCCUCCCUCAGGCGAGCUGUUGCCAAAGUUCACAAGCCCAGAGUAGUUGUGCAGACCUACCAAACCUCUCUUUCUUGGACGUAGUUUUUCUCCACUAAAUGUGCUUGCCUGUCAGAUGCCUUGUAACUAAAACAUGCCAGCCGGACAGGUUGAUGCCCUAUUGUCAUACCCUGUACAUAACAGUGCAGGGUGACAGUUUUUUUUCUCCUGUGCUCUAAAAGACUCUUAUUAUAUUCUCUCCUCUUCUUUUUUUUUGUUUAAUUUAUGUCUUUAGAAAUUUUGAUUAAUGGGCAUGUACAGUGCAAAAGAUAGAGCACUCUUCAUCUACUAUUUGUCUAUAGAUUAAACAUGGCUGCCAAAGUUUCAGUCUUGGAUAUAAUAUUAGUUAUUUCACUGGUGUAAUAGCGAAUCGACAAUGGGUGGAAUAUUUCUGAUGGUAUUUUUCCUUUUUUUAAUUUCUGAGUUUGUUGACUGAGUCAAAUACUUUGUUCUUACAUGUACUACUAGGUCAAGUUUUUAGGAUAUCAAGGGCAAAUCAAGAGGCCAGACCUGCCACAGAAGCGAAUUCAAAGUCCAUGGUGUGUUUUUAACUCUAUUGAGUGGGAUGGAAAGGUCUUCAAAGCAGGACAGCUGGUGAAUACUGUCGUUUAAAACAAUUUUCAUUUGAUAAUGUGACUUUUUUCUACUUUGCUGUUUUUACUAUGAUUGUCUUUCAAUGUGCCAGUUACAAUAAUGAUGUAGGAUACAUGUAGUAAAUUCACCCAUUCACCCACUCCUGGUAAUUUUGCUGGAAAACGACUUUUGAAGCUCGCUAUUUUGUGGUCACUGUAUUGCCACUGUAUGAAGGAUUCUCCUCUAUUCGGUGACCUUAAUUAUAGUUGAAUAACCUAUAGGACUUGAUUCCAUUUUAGAUAAGGACGCAAAGGACCUUACCAUUAAUUUGUGGAACAGUAAAAAGAUUUGUUCUUUUUGGUGACCAUGAUGGAGAUGUUUUUGCCACUGGAGGAGAGAUGGAAAUAGUUCAGAUAAUCUGUUUCACGGUCGCAUUACUACAGACCACUUCACUUCAUGCCCAUGUAUAAUAGACAAUGCUGUUACGACUGUUAAACUCUUUAAGCCCCAGUAUUCAAAUACCAGUUCUCCAGACUGAUCUCCAUACAUUUCCCUAAAGAAUUGGUUAAGAGAAUUUGUUUGUAGAUCAAAGCUUUUCCCAUCAGGUGAUCAUUUUAUUAAUUCUCACAACAUUUUCUCUUGAUUCUGUAUUGAUUUUGUACCUAAAGGUUUUUAUAAGUGAUUUUCUAGACUGUAAUUUGAGCAGUUCUUGUGCAACUCCUUCUUGUUAAUAUCUUGACAGCUCUUUCAUAUUAUUUUCUAAAAUAUAGCUUAAUUCAUCACACAUAUUACCCACUAUUAUCUAUCUUCUCAAUGGCUUGGAGCCUUUAGCUAAUUGUCGCUCGCUUGCCCGCUUCUCCGCCUAUAAGAACGCUCCGCUCACUAAGAAACUCGUGAGGUUGACUUGCAGCCAGUCUAAGGACCGUGAGAUGUUCCAGAUACUCAUCUAAUGAUAAUAUUAGUUAGUAUUAGUACUAGGUACAGGUACCGGAAAAUGAAGUGUUGUCGUUGUUGUUGAGAAACCAACUCUCCCCAGUUUGUUUCUAUAAAGGUUGUGUUUUUUUCACUUUGGAAAUAGCUACUGUAGUCAGUCCAAAAUUGUGGUGCACUUAUUUACCUAUUCACCCCUGGGAAUUUUGCUGAAAAACGCGUUUUAAAGCUACAAUCAGGGACAGAAGUAGUUGACACACUUCUUUAGAACGGGUGCUUUUAUCAAACAUUUAAUGCAUUUAUUAUUUCAUUCCUUUUAAAAGCCAUAAAUCCCCUCACCCCCUGAAUCAAAGUUGUCUGAAGUAAAAGAAAGACUUGAGGGUCCAAAAUACAACAUUGAUUUUGGGGGGGAGGGGUGGAGGUAGACAGGGGAAGGGAAUAGGUCAGUCCACUGUUCAAAAAGGGGCCAUUUUACGGAAGCGUCUCAACACUUUUGUCUCUCAUUGUCUGAAUGCAAAAUUGUACUAGUGCACACAAGUUGAGCUCUGUAUGACAAUGAUUUUAACUGAAAAUAAAGGAAUCAAUGACAUAAUUAUGUUAUUGGUGGUGGGGCUGACAUUGACUUAUUCACGACCGAAAUAUAGGGCCAAUUUGAAUUGCGUGAUGACGUAAUAAAAGGGCUGCGGUAUCCAGAAUUAACGGCGAUAUAGUUUACAAGCUAAAAACUGAGGCUGAAACUCGCGCUCAUGUACAACUUUUGGUGAAUUUCAAGAGUAUGCGUACUGAAAAUAUUUUUAAUAUAGUGAAUAUUCCUCGUUCUUUACUUUAUCCGAUUGAUAAGACGCAAACAAUCAGGGGUAGGGUAAGGAUUGACACGUAUUGGGGAUAGUCACUGGCCGUCCACGGAAAUAUGGAGCGUUAGUGAGGAUCGGCCAUCACUGCGUUCAAUAUCGGAACUACGGAAAAGUGAAGGUAAAUUCAUGGCCAAUUUAAUAAAAAACUAAGGACAGCGUAACAAAUAUUACAAGUGUACGCGAAAACAAUUACUUUCAAUCCCACCUGGUGACACCCUCUGUGACAUGAUAACACAACGCAAAUAGCGUGACAUGAGCGCAUAGGUCUGAGUAUUUGGACUGCAUUUUUCAAGCGAAAACCUCUGUUUUUCUCUAUUGUCGGCAGGAAAAAUGAAAACAGAGCUUUAAAACGUGAACUGGUAUCUGACUCUCAAAGAAAACGACAGCUCAAACUGAGGAAAACACUGUUUCCUUCGUGUUACAACGGUUAACCACGUUUCGGCAAACGGAAAGUAACAUUAGUCUGUUAUGACCUCUUAAUGUCGAUAUGUUUUCUCGUGGUUAACCGUUAAAACUCCUUAUUUGCACCACAUCGCUGCAAUUUUGCUCGCUAAGAAUAAGUAUUGCAAAGCACUUUCUACAUAGCGAGAUCUUCUUUUGCCUUUUGUGAGGAAUUAGGGCAUGAAAACGGAAAAUUUUGCAGCUCACGGCCGUCAUCGAUCACGUGCCAGUCCCGCUCUCCUUGUCAUCAAGUGAACUUCUGGGCCACAGUAAUUCUUUUUUUUGGCGAGAUACAAACUGGUCUGUCUAUCUUGAAAACAAUUUCUUUAGCAUUAUGUGAUUUAGGAGCAGGGAAAUGAACUAGUUGUCCAUCCAACACCAAUAAAAAAUCAUGCCACUGAAUAAAUGGCAGGCGGUCAUCUAAAAUCAUUACAAAAGUACAUUCCUAACCUGUUCUACGCCUACCUACGUUAAAGGUUUGGAUCUGUUAGGUUUGAAAAGGUCUAAAAAAAAAGAAAAACAUUUAUAGGGAAUAGCAGAAAUGGCGGGCCCAUCAUUUAUGAGGUUCAUAUCCUGUAUAUUGUUCACAUCCUUUCACGAAUGGCACAAGUCAGUGUCGAAAAUAAUGCAUGUCCGCUCCGUUACUCUGCAGUACUUCAUUAUCUUAAGUUGACUAUUCACAAGAACAAUUUUCAUUGUACCUUGGUGUUUCCAUCGUUUUUCCACUAGUGUUAAUACUUGUGAAAACAUUACAUCCGCAGCAAGGGCAGUGAUCACAACACAAAUGAUUUCCUCUCGACCCGACAGGGUAUCAGGAACGCGCGCGGGAGUACAAGAUUAAGUGAUGACAUACGCGUCGUACAUUUUACUGUACGUGUACUACAAAUCAGGACGAAAAUUUACAAAUGGUUGUUUGUAAACAAACAAUUUGGCCCAUAGAGUAACGUCAUGGCACAACAAUUCAGCAGCGUCAAAAAUCUAGCCGGAAAACAUAGAUACAUAUUUCAGACAAUCAGGGACAGAAGUAGUUGACACACUUCUUUAGUACGGGUGCUUUUAUCAAACAUUUAAUGCAUUUAUUAUUUCAUUCCUUUUAAACGCCAUAAAUCCCCUCACCUCCUGAAUCAAUGUUGUCUGAAGUAAAAGAAAGACUUGAGGGUCCAAAAUACAACAUUGAUUUUGGGGGGGAGGGGUGGAGGUAGACAGGGGAAGGGAAUAGGUAAGUCCACUGUUCAAAAAGGGGCCAUUUUACGGAAGCGUCUCAACACUUUUGUCCCUCAUUGUAGUCGAGCCGUUUUCUGGUCACUGUCUGGCUGUUAAGAGAUAAAACAUGCCACAAAGCCCUUUACAGGUCCUGCACUUGGCGGCCUUCUUAUUAUUUUGGGCAUACGCAGAAAGCAAAGUUCCGAUGGGUUUAAUAGUGACACUGGAGUCCUGACUAUUUCUUUUCACUUUCAUUCCUCUCCACUUCUUUCGUUCUUCUUGCCUCGUUUUUUCUUUUGCCGGGCAUUUACAACUGUAGCAGGAUUCAUUUUGUCGGGAAAAGUUUUUGGGAAAGCUUUUAGGAUGAAAGAAAAGGUAGGUGGGUAGUGGAGGAAGAAUUUCAUGGGAAUUUUCGCGUCAGCUUUACUGUUUUUUUGCCUUUUCCCCAGUCUCCUUUACUGAAUCGUGCUUAUCUAGUAUGGUUUGAAAGAUCUCUUCACCCUGCACAAAGUUGUCCUUUACCGUCAACAAUUAAAAUGCCAAUAACUGUGACAUUUACAUGUUUAAGCUUGUUCCUUGUUGAAAUUUCUAUGCUAGGAGCCAGUCUCUUUGUAUGGAGACACAAAACUCUUCUCCCUGGCCAAGCUGGAUCGCUCACUUAGCCUUUCUACGAUUAAAACGUUCGUGGAGGAAGAAGAAGCAAAGUAAGCUGAUAACUAGCUCUAACGAAUGGUUUAAUUCUUAUAACAGUUACCUUUAAAACAAUAAUUUUACCAUACUGAUCUUUCUAGCAAUUAAUCGAAUAAAGCAAUUAUUAACAGACUUUAAGCAAAUGGUUUUCAUGGUUUUGGCGCUGUAAAUGGACUAGUCUGAAAUGUUAUACUUCUCCACCCCUAACCCGUGGGGGGCGCGGGGGAUAGCAGAGAAGUCUGAAUUCCGAGCGUUAUAAUGCCGUCCGGUGACUUCACCUACUUUUGCGAAUACGGUAGGUAUUUUCUGAUUGGCUAUUACCCUUCCGAAAACCUUCCCGAAAACAUCCCGUUUGACAGGAUAAACGAGACUUAUAAUUGCUGUGUGAAACAUGACCUUAAGGUUAGCGGAAGUUAGCCUCUCGUCACAAAGUGAAGACUUAUAGUAUAUAGCAACUGAUAAAUUGACUGCCAUGGUAAAGCAGAACACACCUUUUGUUACUUGUUGUUUCUAUCAAUCGCAGGCCUAGGCCAAACGUUUAAAUUUUCAUGAGACUUACCACACAUAGUGAGUGAACUUCAUGAAAAAUUCGACGUCUGCCUUAGUUACGUUCGUCUAAAUGAGUUUGGAUCGUCCAACACGUUCUAGUAAGGAGAGGUCAGGAGAGUUCUCAGAUUAAAAGCGACUCGUCUCUUUUGAUACGUUUAAGCUCCAGCCAAGGGUGAGAAGAAUGAAUUCACUGCCUAUGUUAUGUUGUCCUUGUUAGAUCAAUUGCUCCACUCUACACUUUGACACUGUAAAACUGUCCUUUCAGGUUGCCAAGUAAACUGGUUAUGGAAUGGCCUGAGGGUAACAAGCUGGAUCCUAACUCGAAAAUCCCAGCAGGAACCACCAUAGGUGUGUACUUCUCGACGAACUCUGUUGUAUUAGACAAUUUUCUUGGUUGCUAUGCGGUUUCAAUUUGAAAAUUAAAGCCGAUAGAAAAAAAUAAACGAUCUGCGGUUCCGGACUCACCCUGAGUUCAAUUCAACGGUUAGGAAAAGGCGAUUGAAAAUUAACAUACGUAGGUCAGGUUUGAAAUGUCAAAGGGCGAUCAAUAAAACAGGACUCAAUGUCUUACCUUUCUUGAAUGUACCACUGCAUUGUUUUGACAAGCAGAACUGAAGCAGUUUUGCCUUCUUCCCAAAGUAAUACUUGCUGUUGUUGUUGUUGUUGUUGUUGUUUGGUUUGGUUUGUUUGUGUUUUUUUUUCUUUUUCGCAAAGUUGAUUGCAAAACUGCCGUUCGUCUUGUCUUUUAAAUUUCCUAUGUAUACUAGCUCCUUUGGACGAUGUUGUGGCGUCUCGCUUUCCUUAUGUUUCUACGUACGUCAAUUGAUUUGCAUAAUGUUAGCCUUCCUCUUGUUUAAGUUUCUCUCUGUGUUAGUUAGGCCUAGGCCAAACGUCGAACCACUUCAGUAGAUUCCUUCAACAGUCCUAGAAGUUAGAACUGCUGUACAAAACUUCAUUAUUCUUUCACUUGUGGGGGGGGGUACAUGUAGGUGUGGGCGGGUUAAUACAUGUUUUACAAGAGAGGAUAAAGGGGACAGAGAAGGCAUCCUCCAUACACACCCUAUUCCAUAGGUAAUUCGUCUCGAGUUAUUUUUAAGACCACAGAUCCCAAGGGGGAUUAGACAACAGCCAAUCACAUAGCGCGAAUGUGUUCUGCGUGGAUGACCCACGCUUAGAGCCACGCGUCCUUCACGAAUUGAGGAAGAAAAAAAUGGCGGAGGACGCGGAGAGCAACAUUGCUAUUCGUUUUGUCGACAAAAACGACUAAAGAGAGAUUUCUGCUAAAGCUGUGUCAGCGAAACGGAAAUUAAAAAAAGAAUGGCCCUUCCUCUCUUGUAUAGAACUAACAGUACAGCAGGGAAAUCCUUAACACAGUGAAUAUUCUCUCAGGAUCAUUUAUAAUGUACAGUUUGAAGAGAACAAUUUCUGGUUUGAUAUUUAUUGUUUUAGUAGUCUUUUAUUAUUCAACAAAAAUAACACUUGGCGUCCUAUAAUAAUAAUAAUAAUAAUAAUAAUAAUUUCAUAACUUCUAGAGCGCUAUUUACAUUCACUGAUCAACAUCGCUUAACAACUUAAAAAAACUACAAUAAAAUUCAAAUUUGUAAAACUAAUUACAUGUACAUGAAUAUUACUUGCUACUUGCUUUAUUGUACAAACGACCGGUUUCAAUAGACCGGCGAAAUUUCUCAUUUUAUUAAAGCACUGAGGCUACGAUAACUUCGAGUUAAACUGAUUGCACGGGUUGUCAAAGAGUUGAGCGAUUCCCUUUUCCCAGUUGAGCGCGACUCAUUUCGCUUCAAUAUUCAGAAAUGCUCUCGAUCUCUUUACGCUUUCAUUGCCUUUCGCCCGACAUGUUUUGCAUGGCGUUUAGUCAUGCGAAACCUCCACGAAACAUCCACGCAGCGCGCGAGGUAACUUUAUCCCGAUUCUAAAAAUAACUGCCUUCUCUGCCUUCUCUGUCCACUUUAUCCUCUCUUGAUGUUUCACUGUAUCACUUGUCAAGAAAUAUAGCCUACUGUGAGCCAUAGUGGCUUCACUGCCAUCUCAGACUUAGUGGUAACUUUUAGCAUAGUUUAAAAAUGAUGUAUUUUCCAUUUCUUAAUCAGGUGCCAUGAAAGUGGACAUUUUAAACGGAAAUGGUGAAUCUGUGAACAAACUGCCUGGUGACAGAAGAAGAUUGUUGUAGAGUUAAAGGUCAUUUGGCAUCGUAAGAGAUAAAUGCUUUACAUUGUAAGGAGAAGCACAUGAUUUGUGACGGGCUCGCAUUAUGCCUUGCUGGCUGCUCGUAGCAAUAAGCUUUCCUCUUUUUCAAUCAAGUGUUGACAAAACGUUAGGUCUCCAUUCGCACAAAAUACCUCUCUCAAGAGUUAAGAAAUUUGUGUUUGCACUUGUUACUUGUGAGUACGAGGACGACAUUUAAUUUUAAGGACGACGUUUACGUUUUCUCGCCAAUUCUCUAAAAAUAGACACCCCAGAAAGCUUCGUUGUACUCGGUUUUUUCAUCACAAAAGUUAGCACGCUUACUUUCGUUGAAGAAGUUAAAGCCCUCUCCCGACGGCUAACGAUAAAAUUCCUAAUAUUUGAUAACCUGUUUUCGUCACAACGACAUUCGCGCUAAAACUCGUAGUAGAAUGACAAUGGCUAUCACAUUUUCCAGCCAAAUUGACGUUGGCACACGUGUGCGCGCUACUUACUAUUGGGAAAAUCUCGCUCUUGUAGUCGUCCUCAUCAUAGAAUCUAAAGCUGUCUAGUGUUAACUUACAAGGAUCGUCAUUGUUCUUUAUUUACGUAUUUUUUGCAGGAAGUGACAAAGAUGGAGACAAAGUAAUCACUAAUCAUGUCUGUCAACAUGGAGGAAAAAGCUAGCCAUACUGGUUCAGAAAAAUGGGUAACUGAGCUAGUCUGCUGCUAUCAGCUGUGCUAUGAGAUUUAGUGUUUUAAUUCAGUGGAUAGGGCUAUCCAGUGAUUGAACAACUGGGGCCAGUUGAAAACAGUGUUUGAAUUUACCUGUUCUUGCUGUUGUUUCAGAAAAUAUUACCCUCCUUGGCCCACAUACUCUUCAGCUUCAAGUGUUACUGAGUGACAGUUCAACUGCGCCAUCAAUUAAGAGUCUUCCAGUCCAUCGUAUCAAGUUUACCGUUACAGGCUUGUAAAAAAUGACCAGCCAGGGACAAUUUUAGGUUACAUUUACACUAGAUGUGAUUUUUUUGGAUUCGUGACGAUUCCGAAAAAUUUGGUUACAGAUUCAUUUUGUCGUAACACGCGAACGGGUGAAUCCGAAAUAAAAACGUCCCGAAAAUUUUGAAUCCGAAAAGUUUACAUUAUGAAAAGAAUGUUUGAUAAAUAAUUUGCAAGUUAGCUCAAGUGAUAAGAGAGUUCAAAAUUUAAGUUUGCACAGGUGAAACCCUUUAGGUUGGUUUAUCUUUGUAAUAAUAUUGAACUCAACUCCUACAGUAGAUCUACGGGAAAGACUGUCAUGUGGAGAAAAUGAAAACACACGCGUAAAAUGUUAAAUAAAUUACUGCGGUUUGUCAAUUACUGUGGACGUUACCAUUAUAAUUAUUGUCGUCAUUAACAGCCUCGUCAGAAGUCAUAAAAUUUUCUCUGGCAUUUUCUUUUUAUUGCAAAAACCUUGAAAGGGAACAUUGUAUUUUUUAUCCACCCUGUUAAAAUAACUCGUACAUCUAUUGUUAUCUUGUCAUUUCUGUUUAUUUAGAGGCUCAUCCAAACAAAUUCACUGUUGGAAUGUUGGAGACACCUCUUAGAGUAGGAGUUCCUUUCCAGGUAUGCUUUCUUUGUUUCACCCCCUUCUCCACCCCGUUUUUGAGAGGAUGUAGCUCCCGUACGUAGGGGGUGGGCGGAGUUCUUCCUAGUAAUAGGCCAAUGGGUAUGUGCCCCUGGAUGGGGUCACAUUUGGGUAUGUGCCCCCCUGGAUAGGGUCGAGAGGGUGUAGUUACCAUAGGCGGAGGGUACUUCCUAGUAAUAGAGCAAUGGGUAUGGGCCACUGGAUGGGGUCGCAUUUCCACGACUGGGUUGACUGUAAUCGGGAAUAAUGGUUUUGCAUUUUCAGAAGAGUUACUAGAAUCGGGUCUCAGGUUUUCGGGAUUUUGAGGGAAAAAAUCUUUAUAAGAAGGGGCUUAAAAAUGGGAAGUUGGGAUUGUGAAAAUUACAUUUGCCCAAAAGUGACUAAGAGGAAGUCUAUAAUUGGCCACAGAAUGGCCAACAGUUGUGAAGGGGUUCUAAGAGGCCAGCAACUCAUAAUAAGCAAAAAUAUGAUCCAAGGACCCCUAGCAAUAUGUCACUAGCGGGUGGUAUCAAGGUUUAGCUAGUCUGAAAUGGCAAAUGUAACAGUCUCGUCUAUGUUUUCUUGGUCAAUCUGGGCGGGUGGGGGCUGGGCGCGGGGGGCUCGUUGCUGGGUUGCGGAUUGGUAGACCUGUGGGUGUUCUUCAUCCUUGGGGUGUGAGCGGUUACAGCCCCCUGGCCCAAGGGCACCCAACCUCCACUUGUGACGCGGGUGUAAACUGAGACGUACACGCCCCCUUCUCACUCCAAUUUUUGACGCUCUUUAGCCUGUUUCUGUUUACUGAAUCACGUUUUAUGCUGCAGGGCCACCAGAUUCCCUUGCGGUCACACCAAAUGACAGUGAGGUUACCAUUGAAAACAACAGUGCCCUGCAGCUACAAGUGCAGGUCCAGGACAAAGCAGGAAACCUAACAGUUCAACCAAGGCUUAAUGUUGUUUGUAAGGUAACUAUGCAAAUGUUCACCCCAUUGUGAUAAUUGCUCCUGACUCCUCAUAUUAGAACUUCAAUUUUAAAAUGCUGGUUCCACAACUUUGUUAAGGAGUCACGAGGCGUUAAGUAUACUCUGUUCAAGCAAAUUGACGAUUGUUAAACGUCCAUUGCAACUACAUAUUUUGAAAUCCCUGAUAGCUCUAAGCUUUGGAGAAUACACUAAACACCUCAUACCUUGUUUUCAACAAACGGUAAACUGUUUGUAUUAUUUUAUUUUAGGCAAGCUAAAUAGAAUCCAUGAUCAGUCUAUACUUACUGCUGUCACGAUCCCUGUGAAUAUGAACUUGACCUUGCUUAAGUUUUAGAACCAAAAUUUGAUUAGAAACUUCACAGAUCUUCACAUGCAGUACACUUUGUAUGGAGAAUAACAAAUGGACAACAAUUUCCCAUGGUCUAUUAUCUUAUCGAUCACAGAAAUGAUGUCAAAAUCUUCAAAACUCAAGUGGAACUACGAGCCGCAGGCGAGCUGCAAGUUUUGAACUUUUGAUGUCAUUUCUAUGGUCGAUAAUUUUACCGCCAAUGAAAAAUUGUCGAUUGUGUUUUUCAAUAACACCGACGUCCAUUUCUGAUAAUGUUUCUUGGGAAAUUAUAUUAAUUUAUUUGUAUUUAUUUAUUUUUUAACAAAGAGGUACAUUGAUGGCGGCCGCCAUCUUAAAAGCAAUGUCCACGAUGGUGGGAGAAAAUACCAUCAAUACGCCUGCUUUGCAGUUUACAAUUGGCGACAAAAUUGUUGCGACAUUGUCCUCAAAUGGGAUAACUUCAGAGAACAAAACAAUCCGUACCCCUCCCCCAUCCCGUCCAUUCAAAGUUGGGGUAUUUCUUGUUUUCAACAGGUGGCUCGAACAGCGUCACAACGUUGCAUGGAGGGGGUAGGGGAGGGAAAGAUUUAUUUUUCCCCUUUUAAGUUAGCAAGACGUCAGAGACGCCCUUUAGGACAAAGUGUCUCAAUUAAUUUUGUGACCGAUUGUAGGAAAAUCGCGCGUGAGAGAAAGAGAAAAAAAAUAUAUAACGCCAUCACUUCAUUUCCUAGUCUCAUCGAGCACAGCUCUAAACCAAUCAGCGUGUAAAAAAUCGCUUUGUUAUUGUAAAACUUGAAUCUGAUAAGAAACAACUUGGUGUGUUGUAGCUGACAGGCACACCAGGCUUACCAACUUACAUAGGAGACUGCAGUGCAUCUGGGAAGGCCUCCCUAACAGGUGAAGCAGAUCACCAAGGAAACCAAAUUAAAGGCCAAGAUAGAGUUACCCCUUUUGGGAUUUUCAUGUCCGGCUUUGGUGCGAUCAACCUGCGUGCAAUGCCUCCUUUUGUCGUCUUGAGUGGAAAGGAAAACAGGAGGUUCUGUCUAAAUCACGUGAUCCCAUUAAAGUCGCUGAAGCCAGAAUAUCUGGACCAAUCGUCAAACUGGUUUUCCAAGUGGGAGCGACCGUUUAUUGAUUAACUGAUGGCCAUAUCCAAGCGCGCUGUUCCGUGUGCACAGCUUUUACGCCUGGGUUCAACACAGUUUAUCAGCAACAAUUACCUCAUGUACAAUAACAAGCUUACUCGAUUUGUGCAGAGUCUUUCUCAAAUACGCCAAGAUCGAGAAAGUGAAAGGAAGGCAUUGCCAGCAGGGUGUGGUGCGUAGUCAUAAAGUUCUUACUGUACAUCUCUAAAUUGUAUCUGGGCGUGGCUGACCAACACUCCGAACCUAGCCUCAGCAUGUUUGUUUGUCGUUUUUGCAAAACACACAAGAGUAGCCCUGAUUUAGUGACUGGUUAUGAUCUUUUAGCAUCAUAAAGAGGUUGCUGCAGUGGAGAAGACCAUUAUUGUGACGCCCAGUAGUAAAGCAGCAGAGCCUGGAAGUGUUUUACAAAUUUCCUGAUGCGAAACAGAAGAAGAAGCUGGACGAUGGACAGGAGCUGCCUUGCACAGCAGGAAACACACUUACUGGACUGAGUAUGUGAUCAACAAGAAAUCAGUGUACUUAGUUUGAUAUGAUUUUUUCCCCCUAGUUUGUCUUAAGUUGCGUAAGGAAUUAGAAUAGGUAAUAGCAUGAUUUGUAGUGAUAUUUGGCAGAAAUACCACGAAUGGUAUUUCGAAUUUGAUAUACGUAAUUUCACGAGCCGUUAGGGGAGUGAAAUUUGAGACUAUUUUGAAAUAUCACGCGUGGUAUGUAUUCCAAAUACCACGUACAAAUCUUGCUAUUAUUUGUUUAUACUACUACUCGUAAAAGGUUUGUAAUUUUCACAUUAAGCUGAAAUACCACUGCUCUAAGCCAAUCAAAUAGCAGAAAUUUCUCAUAUAGUAGUAUAACAGGCCGAGAAAAAAAAGGUUUGAAAAGGGGAAAGGCAUUUAGGUGUGCACCAAAAUUCCAAUUCAUAUCAUCGAGGCAUGACCUCAUCAGCUAAAAAUUAGGAAGCUUAUGCAAGGAUGAAUAAUAAGAAACAAGCAAACAAUGGGUGUUGCCUUAAUUGAACUCGAUAAUAAUAAAGACACGUCACACUUUUUGGUGCAAACGCAAAGGUAUUUCCGGUCGUCGCUUCUCUCCACCCGAACAGGAAACACGUCUGCGUUGGCCCGCUAUCCUUUGCACAACUCUAACGCGAAAUUUCCCGGGAACCCAAAUGGGUGACGUGAACACAUAAAGUUACAUUUUCCUCUUCUUAUAACUUGGGAGAAGUCCCUUACAAUGUAUCUAUAGGAACAUUGGUCGUGAGCAAGUUGCGAUCACGAUUAAGUUUGAAAGAUCGAGUCUUCAGUGUAUUGGUGACGUCUUCGAACCCGUCGUCUUCGUGGUUACUUAAAAUGUCCAUUCGCCUCCUUAGAAACGAGAAGGGGUUUUGAGCCCAUAUGUGUCCGGCAAUUGUUUUGGGGAUCGCUACUGGGGACACGCCCGUCAGCUAUUGGCCAUUUUCUUUUUCCCUGUUCUCUGUAACAGUCCAGAAGUCUUUGCGAACGUCAGAUUGGUCUAGUUUCCUUCUCAGUGUGUAUCAGUCAAUUUUCUUCUGGUGUUGGCUUAGUUCAAUUUGCAGUGACAUUUUAUCUUUAGCCAGCUGUCAGUGGCGCGGCCUGGUUUCCUCCAAAGUUGGUUAAAUUUAACCCAGCGUAGCCGUUUUCUGGUGAUUAGGGACCUUAAGAUUCGAGGACGGCGACGGUAGCGCAGACGUCGUUAAAGUUAUAUCUCUUGUUACAAGGGCAAGUUAAUAUCACAAAAGUAAAUGUAGCAUCUUGCUGUCACCGACAGGUUUUAGAAUUCUGAAUGAAGGACAGAGAGAAGUAACAAUUGACAACUCCCUAGCCAGCAGAUUAAAGGUAGAUCUAAGAGAGGUUUUAGUCACUCUAAAUGGAAAGGAUAUAAAUAAUUCAAUUGCUCCUCUGUAAAUAUCCUUGUGAAAGUCCUCGCGACAGUUAACUUGACCCAUUUUCUAAAGAAGCGAAUUAAAUUUUAUACCAAUAGUCCAUUUUCGGGUUGCCGAGCAAACCAUCAGGUCGUUGUCAAAGCAAGGCUCGGUCCUUAAUCAUCAAUGCGAACAUUAGUUUAAUUGAUCUGCGUGUGAAUGAAAACUUAUUUUCAUAAUAUAUAGGUUUAGCCGGGGCCAAAGGCGAAGCUCCCGUUAAUGAAAAAACUUUUCAAUAAAGAAAUCUAAUUAGAGUUGAGCCUGCGAUCAUUUGAAAACUGGAUACUUAAAAACUAAAAAAACUUAAACGUAAACUUAAAAAAAAACAAGAUGUAACCCCGAUGGGUCGACAUCUGAGCCAGCGAUACGGUCAGGUGAUACUGGUCAGCGGAUACUUUUGUUUUGACAGCUGUCAACUGACCACAACAUGGAUGUGGAAUAUCAGGUUGCAGGAUCCCAAACUAGCUAGAAAGUGUACCAUUUCACAUUGGUUUCCCUGUGGUGCGGGCGGGAGGGCGGGUGGACAUACGGUCACUUGACUACCAAAAUUUCUCGGAUGGGUAGGUAACCAAAUUUUCUUAGCUAUGGGGCUUCGCUAUGAAAUGACGAGUAACAGGAGUUUCUUUUAUAAAGAGGCUGAAGGCAAUCGGAAAAGGCCUACUGUAGAACACGAGUAGCCACCUACAAUGUGAGAGCAGUCAGAGACAGAACAUAUCAAUAAAGGAAAUUGGACAAAAUAGCGUAAUCCACUAGGUCAACACGUCAACUCAACAAUCAAGGCUCUUUAGGAAAUAGGAAUAACACACCAUCAUCACAUAAGGAAACUUAGUGCGCUCUCCAUCUCAAUUGGCCUGCCAGACCAGCCCACUGCUACUGAAAUUUCCAGCGUCAAUCAGAUCUGGCCAGCCAGAAUAGUUUAUUUUUAAAGUCUGUAAACAGCAGUGUUGGUUUUCUGCUGAAAACUCGAAAGAAUGCCUACUCUAUCGUUUUCAAGACGAAAAAUGGGCGCAAUGCCGACCUCAAGUUUAUCAGUUGAAUUGCUGUCAUAUCGACGUAAAAUAUUGUUGCUUUAGCUUUACCUUAUUGUUCUGCACUUUUUGUUGCAUGUUUUGGGCACUGUUUUUUUUUAUAAACCAAUGUUUCAGUUUCCAAUUACUGAUCAUUCCAAAAAAGUACAGUUAACAGUAAUUGGUUUAGCGAACACAUACGUGUAUCGUACUUUUUGCUGCACCAACUGACAAACAGGCAGUGCUCCAUUAAGGCCAAGAAUAUUGUCAUUUGUGUGUUUAUUAUAGGCAACUCUUUCUUGUGAUGAACCAAAAUACUGCCAAGUUAGUAUGACCGGUGGAGCAGGACUGGAGUUUUCCUUUUGUAAAGUUAGGGAACUUGUCAGUCUUAAGCGAAGGAGAAACAAAGGAUCAUUAUGCGUUGUAUUUGUAUUUUGUAUUUUAUUUUUACUCCAUCCUAUAAUACAUUAGUUGUACAAUAAUACAAUAGUUGUACAAUAUCAAUAAUACAUUAGUUGUACAAUAUCAAUUGGUACAAAGUUGCUUAAACUACGUGUACAUAAUAAUGAUAAUAAAAGAAGAAAAUUAGAAUAGAGAAGGGCACAUUAUAGUAAAACUAAUCAUCGCCCUUUAACAAGAUUGACUUUAUUCUUUUGUAGUUUUGUUAUUCAUUAAAACACAAACACGCACGCACGCACACACACACACGCACACAAGUCAAUAUUGAGCAAGAUAAUAUUUUUUAAGUGCCUUUUUGAACAGCAUUUUUGAUGAUUCAUUGGGAAUAGAAAGGGGAAGAUCGUUCCAAUAGUAUUUUCCAAUGACGGUAGGGCAAAACUUUCGAAUAUUAAUUCUCGAGUGGGGAAUGUGUAAUUGCUGAGCAGAUGCACUUCGUGUAAAAUAAUCAUGUUGCUCAGAUACAAGAAAUAAUGAAAAAUUACACGGCUUAUUAUCAGUGACAUAAUCAUAUAAAAACAAACAAUUGUAAAUUUUAACAAUAUCACGAAAUUUUAAUAUCCCUGGAUGAAAAUAAUGAGGAGUGAUAUGAUCUCGUAAAGGAACGUCAUUCAUUAUUCUAACUGCUUUAUUUUGUAGACGUAUGAGCUGUGAUAAUGGAUUAUCAUAAUUAUUUCCCCACAAUAAGCAAGGAUAUAUGAGAUAUGGGUAAACAAGAGAAUAGUAAAUACUAGUUAAACAUUGAUUUCCUAGAUAACUUUUUAUCUUUGUCAUAAUAUUUACACGCUUACUGACUUUAUCACAAACAUAGUUGAUAUGGUCAUGCCAGGAUAGGUGGCUGUCAAUAUAGAUACCUAAGUAUUUAAUUUUGGAUACUUGCUCUAAGCACUCCAGCUAUCGAUAGCGGAGGUAAUAUUUUAUAAUCUACUUUCUGACAAGGUUGAAAGAUAAGAUAUUUAGUUUUUCUUAGAUUUAAGGUUAAUUUAUUUGCACAUAGCCAGUCAUAAAUAUUAGGUAGUUCUUUAUUUAUCUUUAAUAAGAGUUCAUCUAUAUUUUUAGCUGAAGCUGUUAAAGAGGUAUCGUCUGCAAAUAGUCUCAUGGAGAAGAAAUCAGAAGAUUGAGUAAAGUCGUUUAUACAGGGGCACCCAACGACCAUUUUCUGAGAAAUAUCUGUUCGGAGCCCUCUAGAAUGGCUAAAAUUUUCGAGAGCCCAAGAACAGCUAAAAAUUUCGAAAAUGUUUCGUGGUGACUGGUUGUUGGGCUCAGAGUUUCGGGAUUUGGGAGGUUUGUUCACCUAAGAAUUUCGGAUUUUGUAGUAAUCUCUAGAUCACCUAGAAAUUUCUUAGCUUUCGUAGUAAUCUCUAGAUUCUGAUUUCGGCACCUAGAAAUUUCGUAGCUUUCGUAAACUAAGAAUAGCAAAAAACCCUGCUAAUCAGUCAGUGCCAUGCCGUAUUUCAGAUUUUUCAGUAAGUGCCGUGCGAAUUGAGUUCGGCAGGGUACAAGACGUUUGAAACUGGCAUUAAAAUCACUUAAAUGCCUUUUCUAUUGUUCUUAUUUUUGUUCUUCUUAUUUUUUUAUUAUAAUUAUUCUUAUUAUUACACCUAGAAUUUUCUAUACAUUCUACGUCGCCCUAGAAAAUUCGAAGACAUUCCCACAAGAGAUAGAGUUUUCGAACAAAAACCCCUCGUCAGGUAAUCUUACGUUUUCGGAAAGCUUUCACUGUAGGCUGUUAUUUUCGGGAAAGGCGAAAAACAGCCCUAAAAAAUUCGAGAGGUUCAAACCACUCCUAGGACGACCGAACAGAUCAAAUUUUUUUAGCGAUGCGAAUUAUUGAUUUAUAUUGCUUUUAAAGCACUCCAGGAUGCAUAACGAGCCAUUUCAGAUCAUUUCCCAGAAAACGGUCGUUGGGUGCCCCUGUUUAUAUAUAUAUCAAGAAUAACAACGGUCCUAAAAUUGAUCCUUCAGGUACACCAGAAGAAAUUGGCAUGGUGUCAGAAAUGUUACCAUUUACAAAAACUCUCUGCUUUCUCUUAUUAACAUACGAUUUGAACCAGUCGAUAUGAGGUUUUUGAAUGCCAUAGAACGAUAGCUUUGAUAAUAAAAUCGAAUGGUUGACGGUAUCGAAUGCUUUACUCAAAUCUAAAAAUAUUGAUACAGCAUAAUCUCCUUGAUCUAGAGAGUUAGAGAUUUCUUCAAUGAGAUCAACAAGACAGUCCACAGUGGUACUGCCUGGCUUAAACCCAUAUUGAGUAGGAGUGAUAAUAUUUUCAGACGAAAAAUAAGAUAUAAGUUGAUUAUAAAUACAUUUUUCAAAAACUUUACUUAAUACUGGAAGAACUGAUAUUGGUCUAUAAUUAUCACACAAUGAAAGGGAUCCCUGUUUAAAGAUAGGAAUCACUUUAGCGAUUUUUAGAUUAUCAGGAAAAGUUAUUUGCUUGAUGGACAGAUUAAUUAUAUACGUUAUAGGACGAAAAAUUUGAAAUGCCUUAACCGAGACCAAAAAAGGGUGAAGUUUAUCUACACCAAACGACUUUUUACCAUCAAGAUUAUCAAGAAUUAGAAAAACAUCUAUUUCAUGCAUUAAUGUAAAACGAAAUUUAGAUCCAGUCGAUUUUAAAAAAGAGCCAAAAUAACGAUUUGAUUUAGGCAGUUUAGAGGCAAGUCGACUAGGUAUGUUGCAGAAAAAUUUAUUUAUAACAUUAGAAAUAGAAUUUGGUUGUAAAUAUUCUUUGACAUCAAUUUGGAGUUUGUCGAUAUGAGAAGAAUGGCGCCUUUUGUUAAUAAUGAAGUUUAUAUUAUCCCAAAUUUUCUUUGAGUUGGUAGAGUCAGCAAGAAUUUUAUUAUAAUACAAGGUGCGAUAAUAUUUAUUUGUGGAAACUAUUUUAUUACGAUAAAACUUGUAUUUGUUCAAAAACAGUAUAUUUCGUGUUGUUAACCAUUUUUUGUACAGUUUGUCACGCACCUUCAUUGACUUUUUCAAACCUGGAGUUAUCCAUGGUUUGGAAGUACAAUUUUUCACCCUAGUUGAUUUCAACGGGGCAUGUUGAUUACUUAUCCGAUUGAAAAUGUGAAGGAAUCUAGUUAAACACUCAUUGACAUCGCUAGUAGUGAAAACUGGAGACCAAUCUACCUGACUUAAUGCCGUCUUGAAUAGCCCACUGUCAAAUCUCUUAAAGUCUCUAUAUUCAAGCUUAUCCGGAAACGGGGUUUGAUCUAAAUUGUACAAAAUGGUAAAGACUGGAAGGUGAUCAGCUAUUUCCACGGCAAUACUUCCACUCGUAGAUGGUAACGAAACGUUGGUAUAAAUAUGAUCAAUACAAGUCUGGUUAGAUUCAGUAACCCGAGUUGCCUCGAAUAUUAAAGGACUGAAACCUUCAGAGCGCAGCAAAUUUAGGUAUUCUUUUGAUAUGUUACUUUGUUUAAGCGUGUUGAUAUUAUCGUCACCCAUAAUCAAACAUUUCUUCUUGGAGAGGUAAAUUGUAUGUAAAUUUUCCUCAAGCUUAUCUAAGAAAUCACGAUUAGAUCAACAGGGCGGUUUAUAUAUAACACCAAUAAUUAAGUCUUGUGUUUCUAUCCACACAUUUUCUAUAGUAUCUAUUCUCAAGUCAUCCCGUAAAUGAAAGUUGCGAUCAGAUUUUACAUACAAUCCUACCCCGGGGGCCAGAAUCCUACUCCCCCACCAGACGAAUAGGUACGACAGUAUCAUUUAUAAAGACGUAAGCUGGGAUUGAAAAACAAUCUAAAUAACUAUGAGGUGAGAGCCAAGUCUCCGAACAUCCAAUAAAAUCAAAAGUAAAAGGAGUAGAAUCUAAUAAGUUGCAUAAAUCAGUAAAGUGUUGAUUCAAAUUUCUGAUAUUUAAAUGUAACGCAGAAAAGUAUGGCUUGACAACGGGGAAUAAAAUUCAUUCAAUUCAUCAAUAGUAAAAAUCCCGUGGUCAUUAAAAGAUUGUAAAUUCAAGUCAGGAUCAUUUUCGUUUCGAGCCAUUUGCAUAAAAUUUAUCACAAACGAUACAUACAAGCAAUAUUGAAAUUCUAGCCACUUUUAUAUAGAACCCCAUCAAUAUACAAAUUACCGUGGUGAAAACGGGGCUUCUUUCCCUCCUCAUACGCUUGUUUCAUGAUUUCUUUUAACUUCUUCUUUUUUUGUCUGUCCUCCCAGAUUAAAUCGUCAGAUAUUCUCACGCGAUUCUUUAGACUUCUCUUAUUCUGGAUUACCUGAAGACGUUCCGGUCGAUAAAGAAACUUGGCAAUGACAGGUCCUGGUCAUUUGAAGCGCCAGUCCUGGGUCCCCAAUCCUAUGCGCGUUCUCUAUCACGCUUUUGAUGCCCAAAUCAUUAGAUAGUAUGGUCUUCAAUUUUUCAAUACAGUUCUCAUUAUUGAGUCCUCGGGAAUGUUGUAAAAUCGUAGGUUGAAAUCUCUUGAGUAACGUUCCAAUGAUAAAAGCCUUUCGUACGCUUGAUUGACAUUAGUAGCGAGCUUGCUGACCUCAUCCUCCAACUUGUCAACUCUGGUGAUGGCCACGUGGACUUCGCCGUUUAGAGUAUCGAACUUUAGGUUAAGCGACUCUGUAGUUCUUUCGAGUUUUUGUUCGAAAGUUUUCAAGUCUUCUUUGAAUUUUGCUUGAUUGUUCUUUAUGGUUUCGACAUCCUGUCGAAUCGUUUCCAGGCAGUCCUUCACAUACGAUUGAAAACUAUCGUCAUUCACGUCUUGCUUCUUUCCUUUCUUUGACAUAUUCAAAUAAAAGACAACAGGAACUCUUACACGAAAAAAAACUAAAGUAUUUAAAGACACAAAAAGGGAACGCAAACUACAGCUUCAGAAAACGCGGCCAUCAUCAUCGCUGACCGCUGACUUUCUGGGAAACUGCCCUCCUACCCCUCCCCUAAGCCAACAUUAACACUACCUGCCACUUAGGGCAAAAUGUUGGCUUAGGGAGGGAUGAUCCGAAAAAAAAGUGCAUAAAAAUGACAGAACAGUGGACCUUCUUACAACAGGUAUUGAAGCCAGGGAGACGGACAUAGCUUUAAACCGCUUACCUUGGCUGUUAGUUGCCUGUAAAUUACCUCUCAGUCAACUAAUCUCUCUUUUCAUAACUCCCCCCCUCUCUCCCUUAUUGUGUCUGCCUUUGAGAGUGAGGUGAGUGAAGAAGUGGUUGGUUUCAUGAACUUCAAGUAUAUCUAUACGUUGCCUUUUCAGUAUACUUUUUCCUAUUAAAUGUGCUAAUAUCAUUCUACGUAUAUAAAGUUUUGAACUAACUUUUCUGGCCAUUAUUUUGAGCACUAGGCGAGCUUUCAGAGCUAAUUAGAGAAUCGGAGUUGGUCUUGCGAAUAGCUAGGGAAGUUUUAAGCAACUAACUCGACAACGGAUAUAACAACUGUUUUAAAUUUUGUCGUUACCAUUGUUGUGGUUUCUUAAGCUGGUUAAGGAAAAGAACAAAGCAAUUUGUCUAAUUUCUCUCAGGCUCUAUCUACAGACCCCAUGCCGACGCUCCCAGCAUCUUGAAGUGCUCAUGCAAUGAACCUCGCAUGAGAUUAGGAGAGCCUCUAGCAUCAGAUAUCAUUCUGUCAGCAACUGAUAAACAUGGCAACAAAACAGGCAAGGUGAGGAAUUUCCCUUCCGAACAUCUUUUCUUUGACAAAACCAAUCUGCAACAAUUGUUUCAGUAAUUCGUUUUGUUUUUUAAUCAACAAAAUUAUUUGAUUGUUUUCUCGUUUUUUGUGUUGUUUUGUAGUUUCAUGUACAGUUUUUCUGGUUCAGAUUCGUCAGUUUUUUAGUGAUUCACUCCUUUUUUCUUCCGUGCAUUCUCUAGUUUCCAGACCACUUAUUGCCAGAGUUUUACGUUUCCUAAGGUGGACUGAACAAAAAUUUCUCUUAUUCUAAUUUGUCAAAAAAAAGAAAAAACUGUAACAUGUUUGCCAGGCUUGUUGGCCAUCACCCUUGUAUCAUGUUUUGCUUGAUUGUCUUCUCAUUUGCUAUUUUGUUAUGCUUCCUCCUACAGUAUUCAUGUACAAUCUUUUCUUUUUCAUUAGUCGGUUUCAAACCAUUUUUCCCCUUGUCUUUUUUCUCUGGAUUCAUUUAGCUUCCCAACCACGUCUUGCCAGAGUUUCAUGUUUCAUCAGACGGGAUGAAAGAACGAGAAGUCCAAUUGGGAUUCACGGCUGUAAGUACCGGCCGAUUUGUUCUGAUAACCGACUCUUUUUGUUAUUCAUUCUUGCAAGGAGUAUUCUUACAGACUGCGUGCUCAAGCUGUUGAACGUACUGGAAGUCACCCAAAGUGGUGGAAAUGGUAAUUUCGAGUUAAAGGGACUUUGUCACGAAAUUUUUCAAAAUUUAAACGUUGAGAACUGCCACCAGAUAUAAUGAAACAUAAAGGUAACCGCUCAAAACGUUGAAAGAAGGACUAAAUAUCAGAUCAAGUACGAAAAGAGGCAUGAGUGGACAAACUUGAAUGAGAUAGAAAGGGAUUGUAAUUGGAGUUUCUGAAAACUUGUUAGGCUAACAGUUUUGCAAAGUAACGUCUGAUAUGAUGGUGGGGAAACAGUUUUGUUUUACUUUAGUAGUUUCCACUUAAAGGGACAGGUUCACGGUUAAGCGCAUGCUCAUUAAUUAAAUUACUUUUGUUCAAUUUAUUAUUAAUUCUAUCGGUUAAUAAUCCCACUCACGUGUAUCUCAGCGAUCUCAAAGUGCAUUUCAAAGUAAAAGUGUAUUUCAGAGUAACCUGAAGUAGGAUGGAGGAGUACUAAAAUCGCAGAAAAAAUUAGUGGAUUAUGCCAACACUACCAACGUUGAAUUUAUUGUUGACCCGAAGGUUUUAUUCCAUGGUUGAUGAAUUUACAGCUAUUUGCAAAUAAGUUGAUCAAGUAACUGCCAGGGGAGUAUGCAGAUUGGUUCUUUGACAACACUAUAACAUGAUCAUAUUGCGUGCAUAGACGAUACAGCAUGUCCCUGCCGAAAAACAGCAUUUUGAUAAAUGAGCAUGCGCUGAACCGUGACCCCUGUCCCUUUAAUGCCAUCCUGCCCCAAUACUUCAAAAAGAAGGAUAGCUUGAAACCAAUUGCUUUAUCCAGUAGAAAGAGAUUUUUCCUUUGGGAUAGGGUUAUCCACCCUUUAAACAACUGGAGCCAGGCUUGUAAUAAGAAAAUCACAAUAACCUAUCUCUACAAUUAGCAAUUACUGAAAGAGGCUGAGUAGGAGGUGAAGAAUCGAAGAGGAUGUUAUCCCCCGAGAUUGAAGGCCUUGCAUGUUCCAAAUUUGGUCAAAACCAGUUGGUUAUGAAGAAUUAGCCGGGGGCUUUGAGCCAAUCAGGAGUGUUGAAAUAUUUUGAGUGAAUGAUAACUGCAUUUAAACACCUUCUGCAGGGUUUAUUCUAGAGCGCAGCCUUGCGGGAUUUCCGCAAUUUGGAAAAAAAUGCCGCAUAAAAUAUACGUUGCCGCGUCAAACGAGGCGCAAAAAAAAAGACCCAAGGAUAAGUACUAUUUUUUUGAAAUAAAGUAUUCAAAAACAUUACUGACAACAACACUGAUUUGACGGCCGCUCUUCAAACUUAUUUCGAACUUUUAUAGCCUCCUACUUUCUCAAUUGCCUUUCUCUUCUUCGUUUGAGUCAUUAUUUCACCAGACAAUCAUCCGAGAUCCUGCAGUAAUUCGAGCCCAGGCUUUUUCAGUUGCCCAGAAUGUUCCAAAAUGGCGGCAACGCGUCUAUAAAGGUUCGUUUUCCCAUGGAACAGUCUGCACCAAUAAGUUCAAAUACCUUUUGGGGACCCCCCCCCCCCCUUUCUUGAAAAAAGGCCCCCUAAAAUUACAGAAGGGGGCACAUUUGACCCUCAUUGGGCAAUUUUUAGAAUCAACCUUGCUUCUGGUAGCAUGACUCUGCCAAGGAAUUGCGUUUGACGUUUUAGUUGCUGUAUUUGUAUCUUUUGCUUACAACCCUGCUGUGUUGUGUUUUGUAGGAUGGUAAUAUCGUAAUCAAGAACAUUCAAUUUGAGGAAGGCCCCCUUGGACACAGAGAAGUCAGCAUUAAAUGGAAAGAUCUUAUAUGUUAUCAAAGACCAGAGGUGAGUAUUUUAGUAUUUUUACCAUAGGUUGCGUGUUUCAAUAUUUCUUGUAAUUUUGAGGUUAAACUUCAUGUGUGCAGAAUCUAAUGCAAAUGAGCGAGAACAAUAAAAUUUUCCUACUAGUAAAAACCGAGGUUACGGAAUGUGGGCGACAACGAUCGGAGGUCAAAACGCUUUUCCUCCAACGCUGUGCUUUGCGCAAGUUUCACCUGACAGAUGGUAAAAACAUGCGUGAUCAGAUUAUGAGUGAUAGAAGGGCCCAACGUGCGUAAUGAGCAUUCCAUUCAUUCUAGGUGGAAGUCCAAACGAAUGCGGGCUACAUACAUGCGACGCAUGCGUAAUAACAACCUGUAUAUUAGGAUUGCGUGCCCCUCGUAUCGCCUGCAAUUAGCGUUGAUUUCGGCACAUGUCAGUGAAGCUCGACGUUCAGGACGGGCCUAAGAGAAAUCAUCACUUGCCCUAAUUAUACAUAGGCAUGGAUAACAUGUCGAAGAGGUUAAUAAACUAGUAAAAUGAUGUAAUGAACAAGAAAGUUAAAUUCUCCCAACUAAUUUUAUAUGGAAUUGUAUAGUUCAGUCUGGAGUAUUUAUAUGUGGAUGUACUUGACUACUUAUCUCCCUCCAAUGUGGCGCGGGUUCAUCUGAGGCGGACGGUCAUGUUGUGUUUGUUGAUGCUUCUCUCCCCCGUGGCUGAUUCUUUACCGUGUUGCUCCUUCUCUCUCUUGCUUCAAGAGAGCAAUGUAGUUUUCCUCUCGCCUCAAAAAACAACAAUUGUAAAUGGCAAUUCGCCAGAUGUGUACAAACAUUCGAAACCCAGAUAUUUUUAAAUUUACGCGUACAUUGUACAAACGUUUUAGAUGUAGAGGAAGUGCAUCCAUGUAGUGGUUAUUCGUCUACUAAUCUUGAUCGUAUUCGACUACAAAACAGUCGGUUUUGCAGUUUGCGGUCUCAAAAUCGGUUUAGCGUAACUAAAGAGUCUCGCGCAACGGUUUCUUCCCAGUCUCGCUAUCCGUUUUCAGCCUCGCUCCAGACCUUUUGUUUGACUGCUUGCGCGUACUUGGAUACGCAAAAAUACGGACUGUUUUGCAGUCUAUGAUCGUAUGGAAAUUUGGAAAUGUUGGUUUUCGCAGAGAGGGGAGAUCGGAGUACCCGGGGAAAAACCUUUUUGAACAAGGAAAGAACCAAUAUCAAACUCAAGCCACUUAUGGUCUCGCUUCUGGGACCCAGCAACAUAAGUGUAACGCGGGUGGUCUCUUUCUUGCCUUCCACUUGCAGCUAACUUGGAAAAAAAGACCCAGACUUUUGCAAGCGCUAACAAAGCAAACCUAUUUGUGAGAGCAAAUUGUCAUGAGUCAAUUUGAGUUUUUGACCAGACCUACAUUGUUGGUAUAUUAAUGUUUGGUUUUUAGGUUAUUGCAGGCCCACCAGCGAAGCUCAAGAUUCUAAAGUUUGAUCAUUCUGAGGUAGGUAUGAAAAACGCGUGUCUUGGACCCAGUGUUUCAGUGUUCCAUCUUCAAAUUUUGAACACUGAGUUCAAUCUAUCAAUGAGCGAGUCCCAAACCCACUGAAAGAGCGUCCUAUUGACGCUUGGAGCUUGGAGCCCCACGUGACAUUGGAUUAAGAGGCAUAAGCACAUUUCAACCAUGACUUCUUUGACUCUUCAACAACACUUUCAUGCACAACAAUGUUGUGUAUAAAGUCUUUUUCUCUCCUCAGUGAGUUAGGGCGUUUUCCAUUUGUCAGAACUGGCCGACCAGCACAUUCCCGUUGUAAUGAUAAUUUUACUUUUAAUCAAAGCUAUCCAGCCAGAUCAGUCAAAUUCUAAAUAGUAUGCACCAAGGAAAUCGUUUUUCCUCAAAAGCUCUUGGAAAAAGCCUAUUUAAUUUUCAAAAUGACAGGUCCAGCCAUGGUCUGGCCGGCCAGUUCUGACUUUUGGAAAGCACACGAAGUUAGAGUGCUUGUUGAGAUUGCCUCGACCUCUGACUUGUGGUAGUGCGAAACAACAUUGCUUGGGAAGCUUCCUAUGCGUUAUCAAGCCUGCUCUUGUACAAACUCGAGUUCAUAAUGUGAUUUGUUUUACUUGUUUUACAGCCACUUUCAGUGUUUAACGAUACCCAGAUGCCAUUUCCCCUUACUGUUCAACUGUGCGACAAGCUUGAAAACCCUUCAGAUGAGCCUAAUGUUAAGGUGGUCCUUAAUACGGACAGAGGAAUUAAGGUGAGAAUCUCAGUUUUUGUUAUUCAAUUAAAAUUUGACCAAGCCUUUAAUUGUUUGGCCUCCUUUUAAUAAAUGCAGUUUCAGUCGAACCUCCACUAAUAGGGAGCUUAAGCAACUACGACGACGACCACGACGACGACGACAACAUCAAAAAACAACAAGUUUAAUGAUCAAAACAACAGCUCUUCACGUGCAUCAUGCUUUUUAGUACAUUUAUUUGGCGUCCACUGCACGACUACGACGUGAAACCUCAUAAUUUGACGUUUAUGGAGGACGUGGACAUAGGACGACGAAUUUUUCUUCCUCUUUUUGAACCUGAAUAAGCUCCUUAAGAAUUCAACUCCAGGAAAAGUCGCCUGCAUUUGACAUAUUGAGCGGUACCAAAUAGACGCGAUUAAGUUUGAAAGAACGCAAAUUCAUUUUGUCGGUGACGUUUUCACUGCCGUCGUCGUCGUCGUUGCUUAAGGUCCCUAAGGAGCACCUCUCCACAACGGCCACUUUUUUUGUCCCAGGAGACAGUCCAUAGAUUGACUCUUGUCCAAACCUCUCAACAACGGCAACGGCCACUAAAGCGUGUUUCCAAGUUCCAAAAUAAGGGAGUUUAAGCAACGACGACGACGACGGCAAUGAGAACGGCAAAAAGGCAAUAGGUUAGAUUAGCAAAACAACAACUUUGCACGUGCAUCACACUUUUUUGUACUUUUGUUAACCGUCGUUGCACGACUACAUCGUGAAAGUGCCUAAUUUCAGGUUUUGUUGAAGACGGGAACACAAGACAACAACUUUCCUUUUCUUUUCCAAAAAAUAUUGCCCACAUUUGACGAAUUAAAGUGACGUCUAUGCAAACUGAUGCUUCUAGUUGUGGUAUUUUUUAUUAUUAUUUUUUUUUUAGUUGACUCCAGCACCCGCUCAGCAGAAGACGGACAGCAAGGGUCAAGCAACAUUUGGUCAACCUACUGUGAGCGCAACCAAGUAGGUGGAAUAUGAACAUAAGUCUUCUUGUGCCCCUGUUCCUGCCUCUUACUUGAUAGCUCUUACCUCAGCCCUUAAUGAACGUUAGAGUCAAAGAGAAGCUUUCUUUACUUUGUACACCAUUUCUUAGUUCUGUUACUCGGCAGUUUUAAUUCCUUCUUAACGGCGCCUCUAUUAGUGGGACCCCUAGAGUUGGUCCCUGCCUUUCCUUAGUCAUUUUAUUUGACUUUCUAUAAGGGACCAGUCAUAAUUUAAGUUGGAGGGGCGGGGGGGGGGGGGCUGGGUGGGGGAGAAAUUGGGGGGCCUUCAACUUUUUUUGGAUGGAAUGUGGGGGGCCUUAAAAUGCCAAAAGAUGACCUUGGGGUGUCUUCAAGUUUCUUUUAAGUAGCAUCCCUACUGAGCAGCAUGAAGUUUGAGUAUAAAAGGACCUGAUUUUGAUUGUUUUACACAAAGUCCUAUAUUGUGUAAUACUAAAACAAUUUAAUCAGCAUUUUUACAAAAAGAUUUAAUUCUCAAAUAGUAGGUGCAUCAACACAACAUCCAUUAUUGUGUAACACUGAAACAAUUUCAUCGGCAUUUUAACAAAUGAUUACAUGCAUAAAGUCAUGUUAUGCAAUCUCACUAUUCAAAUCAUUAUUUGUAGAUGAGGUUGAUGCGGACUCACUGUCUGUGUCACCGUCAAGUUUUUCGCUAUUAGAGCAUGUACUGCUCAUAUAAAAAGCAGUAAGCUUUGGCUGAUUAUCUUCUUUCUUCCUUGAAGCGGUCCUGUCGGCCUCUCACCUUUCGAUGGCUUGUCUUAUCUCAAUUAUAACAGAAUCACUGAUAUAUCCUUGCUCUAUAAGCUGUUUGAGAGGCUCUAAGUGAAAUCUCUUUCUCAGUUUAGUGUGAAGUGCUUCUCUGUUGUUAGUUGGCACAUUCGGAAGUGACAGUGAGUAAGAACGGUAAAGUAAAGAAAAUGUUAUUUGUUAUUACCAUUUGGGUAUUAUGUAUAAGAAAGGGGGGCCCUUAAAUCUUUUAACAUGAUUGAAGGGGGGGUACCUAAAAAACAUGGGUGCUAUUAGUGGGGGUCUGCAAAAAAAUUUGGAAUAAAAAACAAUUUCUCCUCCACUACCCCCUCCAACUUAAGAGUGAUUUUCUGUAAAAUUCGAACUUCGGCCUGACACGGUACCUCAUCGAUUUGGCUGAUUUUUGGCAUGUAGUCUUAGAAUGGUGUCCUAAAUACUGAAUGCAUAUUCUAAGGUUCGAAUUCUCGUUGGUUUCAAAGAUACAGGAAUGACAGUUUUGACGAGGCCUCGAGCGGCCGCCAUGUUGGUGAACUGACGGAGAUUUACAGUAAUUAAUUCUAGCCUUAUCGUUAAAAUAACUUAAUCGUGACUCAUACAGUUGCAAAGAACUAUCCUUCCUCCUUUCAUUUACCUACUCUUAUCUGAAAAUGGUUAAGCCUGAGCUACGAACGGCUAUAACUUCUCACAGCACUUUUUCGGUACUUAAAAGGUACACAAAUUUGGUAGAAAUUGGAAGGUCAAUAUCACCCAUGCCACAUCGAUUUAGACUAAGCCAUUUUAACUAAACAUAGUUUGUUUAUAGCUAAGUUAGAUUGUUGAAUAAAAUAAUUGGGCAAAUGCAACGGAACAGAAAUAUGAUUGCAUGAUUGCGCAGUGGUUCAGCCACUUGGCCGCUAAAACUUCAAAACAAAAUUCGGUGAAUAUUUGAAAAGAAAAUUCUUUAAAAAUUGAUCGUGCCUCUUAAACCCUAUCUAUCGCUUAAAAAACCCUCCCUUGUAAUGUAAACAGAUGAUCUUUUGAUUCUGAUCUUGCGAAGAGCUUGAAAUAUACGCUAAAAUGAAAAUUAUAAAUUUUGUUAGACACGGUACUAGCUCAAGUUCGCUCUUCGAUUUCCCAGAACAAUCGGGAGCCGCUCGUGUACUGCACAGUUACAAUUUUCUCUGUAGUAUUUCGCUGUAUACAGCUACAAAUUACAUAUUUUCUUAGGCAAAGAUAACGCAAACGUUGUCAAUUUUAAUCAAAAGGCUAGAAAAACCAACCGUGCACUGUAGCUUUAUGCAAAUUGUAUGGUAUUCGAUAAUUACACGUGUAAACAGGAACCAACCUUUGCUAAUGUACACUGUUUGGCAGAUCUUUCCAGCGUAAGAUAUAAAACUAGUACAUGAAAUGAAAUUAAAGAACUCAUCAAGUCAAAUUACCUGAUCGUACCGUCAUUACUGAAUAAUAAGUCCGCAAAAUAUGACAUGGAAUGAUCGGUGGGAGACGAAGCUAUUUUUAGGAGGACAGGGAACUGCACGCUGGAACGGAACUGAAAUGAACAACCUCAAUCAAGUUCAGUCUUCUUGACGCUAUUAAACGUUUCACCCGAAUUUGAACAGGAAGUUGUUUUCUAUUUUCUUUCUCAUUCUUGCAUGUAUUCUGCAGUUCGCCCACUAUUUUUUCGUAACUUUUAAUUUUCUAGCUAACUGGAACUGUUAAGAACUACCAACCCCCUUCCCCCCUCCCCUCUUUGAGUGAACUUUCAUUCGGUCUGAUUCACAAUAAUUUUCGAACGGUGACAAAGUGAAAUUUGAAAUGACAUUUUAUUUAGCAUUUUUAAAAGCUCCUUCUUUUUUUCCCGAUAGCCAGGAAUGUUUUGAACGUAAAGGCUCAAGUGGCGGUGUUUUUCACGACUCUGCUUGUAGACUGACCUCACCACCAGUACCACGGACAUAAAAUCUGAUCGCAGAGGGUCAUACAGUAACUGAUGGGUCUCUGAAAAGCCAAAUGCAGUCACUUUGGGGCGAGCAGGCUAUAUAGAUGAUGAACUCAUUGUUUAUAACCCCAUAACCGUAUCCCAAACGUCGAGCCAGCCCGGGGCGAGCGAACACAAUUUUGGGGCCACUGGCCACGCCCUUAUGUUUAGCGGGAAAUUGGUUGAUUAGUCAAAUCUCCUUAACUCCACGACCAUGCACCUUUCCAGAUAUAGCCCUUAUCUAAUCAUCAUAUAGUUGGGACCUCCCGUAAGCAUUUGCAACUAUUUUGAUUUGUAGAAGACUGUUUAACAGUUUUCAUUACUUUAAUGUCUGGUAAACAACACGAGGUACAUAUUCUGAUCUCUCUCUCCCCCCCACCCCCCACCCUUCCCCCAUCCAUAACAAAAACUUUUCAGACCAACACUGAAUUGCAUGAAGGUAUGUACAAAAAUAUGACCAUCUCGAGGCAAGGUUCAUCACUGUAACUUACCACAUAAAAGCCUUUUCGUUGUUUGCCAUCGACUGAUUCUGUUCUGAAUACUAAGGUCCCAUAAACAACGCCACGUUUAGAAAGAGCCCGACCUUUUCAAUCCAAGAAAACCCAAGUAGCGAUUUCACCAACGAGACAUAAGCCGUAAGAAAAGGACCGCGUCAAAUAGUUCAUGAAAUCACAAACACCUCAUGACACCUUUAAUUCACUCUUUCUUCGAUAAACUAAUUUUUAAUUUUUUAAGCAUAAAUGACAUCAGAAUGCGCGAUUAUGAGCAUUGUAGCUUAUGAAAAGAAAAUUUAACACCUGAUGCACAUGAAAGCGUCUAAGAAGGGGACUAGGGGGAAUUAGGAACAUUGUGCUUACCGCUGGAAAAAUAUUGGCUAGUUCUUUGAAUAGACUCAAUUAAAGCCGUUUUUGUUCAGUAAGGAGCUGUUAGAUGGGGGGAAAGCUACACAAAGUAGAUCGCAUCAGAAUACGGCAUAGGACUAGGCUCUCAAAAUCGAUAAGCCGAAUGCAAGACCAAUUAUUAUGUAAAACAGAGAAAAAUUCCUUGAGGGAAAAAAAUUAUGGCUAGGGAAAAGACCCGAAGGUGGAAAGUUAGGAUGGUAGCUUCUUUUCAGGUAAUCGAUCAUUUACGUUAACUUCCGCUAUCCGACGGGCAUAUCGGAAAGAGUGAAUGGAUGAGAGUAUAACACAUUCAAGAAGAAACAAAUUUGUGAAUUUUCACAACUCAAUAAAAUAACUAAAAUUGUGUACUACUCGGUUAUACAAGAUUUUUGUUUUCAAUUUCAGAUUUUUACGAUGGGGCAUUAGCCCCCGUACUCACUAGACACUACUUAACCAUCAUCGUGUUAAAAUCAGUGAAAUACUCCAAAACAAUUUGGAUUCCUACCCUUAUACCUUUAUUAAAAAUUAAGGUUGGGAAGUUUGUUGUUUUCUAAAAGUAGUUUGAACAGCCGAACGAAAUUUUUUUACAAGGAGUGGGAAAGGCAAAGCUUCACUUAUCUCUUCUAAGGUAGAAAGUGUCAGCAAAACGUGAGAGUCGUCCUUGAGGGUAAAGUGUCUAACCUUAUUUUCUCACCGAUUGCAAGUGCCAUUUCAUCCACGCAUAACCUCACCUAGUUAACAGGUGAGCAAAUGUAGUGGGGAAACGUUGCGAGAGAACUGAGUAAGAUGUUAGGGUAAGUUUUGGAAAUUUUCCGCACACCUGGAAAGUCCUGGCUACGCUCCUGAUAGAGACUUUUGCUGGAGAGAAAUUGAAACAUGUUCGCUAAUAUAGUGACGACCAGAAAGGACAAGCCAUAGGAUAGUUCCAGAAAACCACCCAUUAAAAUAGAUCACGAAGUUGUCGAGGCGGAGGAUGAACUUGAAGGCAUCUGAUGAAGUGCAAUUUUUCAAGGGAGCCCAGACCAGAUUAUGUACGAUGGGCACAGGUUGUUUGAUCUGGAAAAUUUAGAGAAGCUCAAGGCAAAUCGCUAGACAACACAUGCUAGAGCUGAACUAAAAAUCUUUUGCGCCUCUGAACUCUGUCCCUAAGGGUAAAGGAGAAAGUUUCUCUUUAUCAAUGCAUUAACCGAGUUGAUUAUGAAUGUCUCCUUAUGUUGGACGUCUUACUAACAAGAACAUUACCACUACUUGCCCUCAGAGGCGUUUUUCAGUUGACGAGCAGAGAAAAUUAGGUUUUGACUGUUUGAAAUUCUGGAUGCCAGAGUGAAGACGCCUUUUUGUAUGAUGACGUCAUCUUCCUACAGUAAAAAGCGUUCGUUUUUACCACUGAUAUUACGUCAAUCGGUACACUUAUGUUGUCGAAAGGUCCGUGAGCAUGGUAAAUAAUUUUACCUUAAACUGCAGACACAUCUUCAAUCACUCCUUAUUGUUCGCGAUAUCGGAUAAACACUCUGGUCUCUAACUGAAUUUUCUUUGCUGUUUACUUUAUUUUGAAUUAGGACUGUCUUGAGUUGUCCAUGCAUUGUCUAGCGAUUUUAAGCUUUUUCAAGGAAACAAAAAUCUGGAAUUGUCCCUAGGGUGAGGCAUUUGCGCACAGUUUUAAAGCCCUUCGGUGGGGUGACUGUGGUUUUUGUUGUCCCGGGCUCAUCCCUCAUUCUUCCUAACCCCUUCCAAACCAAUUUUUCUGUUUAUCAAGAAUCUCCUCAAAACGGGCUUCGUGAUUGAGACAAAAUACCUGAAAAUUGUACACGGAACCGUUGUUAACGGUGUACAAGGUAGAAUGAGUCUAUUCAUUACUUUGCCAACGCCCAAUUUUUAAAACCGGAAGUAAUGAUGUUUAUUUCAAGGGCUCAUGUCUCAUGAGUUUUGAGUGAAUCUUCAAACGCUGUAAAUACAUGUAGCUGGAACUAUCAUCGCAUCGAUCCUCGCUCACUAAUAAUGAUAACUUAUAUCAACUUCCAUUAUUUAUUGCCUGGCUAAGAUUUUCACGGAUUCUUCAGUUCAGUUGUUUGAAACCAGGCGGCUUCACGUGAGUUGUAACGCCAGGCAAGGAACGUGACGACCCGCGAUAUGCGUGGGAAAAUAUUACUUUUUUUCGAUCAAGGUGGAAACUGGAAACUUUGUCGUCGAGUAAGGUAAUACAUCUCAAUUUUCAUUACUAUGGUUAAUUUUAAAAGCUCUGGUUUCGGUAAAGGAACUGGAGGAAAAUCAGGAAAAUUCCUGUUCGACUGUGAUGGUUGGAUUUUGUUUACGCGUCAUAGCGUAAAUAUAACAAAUUCAUUUUCCUUUUCCUUAUACAAUCUGCCUUUUUUUAUACUGUUUUUCGCAGCAGAGUUAUCGAUUAUAUUACAGAGGCUAAUUUUAUUACACAGAUCACUCAGAUUUAAUGACAGAAACUCUAUUAUCGAUUGUAAUUUUGGCAACACCUGGCGAGUAUUCGGUGUACAGAUUAUUGACAAAGUCGCUAGAACAGUCUUCCAUUCAUUGCUUUUGUUUCUGCUCCGUUAAAUUUGCCCAAUUUUUUUAUUAAUGAACUCGAUUUAAAUACAAACAGUGAGUAUUCAGGCAGAUUGGCAAGCUUCAAUGCGAUGUGGCAAAAGAGAUAUACGCCUUUAAAAUUCUGUUAAUUUUGCGGGUGUAAAAAAUUCAAAAAGUAUACCCACCAAAAGUUUAAUCGAUCGUUGCGAAAACGUUAUCAAUUUCGAAGUAGUUUCUAAAAAUACAAUAAAGAGGGAUUGUUCUUUCAAUCUGUAUUGGCAAAGGAAGAUUAGCUUUGAAGACAGGGUUGUAGUCGAAGGCUCAAAAGCAGCUUCUAUUAACCAAUAUGGCGCCGGUCCGAGGCACCCAAAAACUGGCCAUGUCGAUAAUUUCCGAAGUAGGAGGAAUUAGAACCUAAAGUUACCUAUUCCUUAUUAAAGACCUCAAAUCAAGUCUACAUGCCAAUUUUUAGCCAAUUCGGUGAGAUAGUGUGGCAGCGCCUUUUUAAUAUAGCUCGAAUCUUACAGACAACUGCUCUUAAAUUACGACUGGUCGCUAAGAUAGAGACCUUUCUAAAUCAGACACCUAGAGUUGGUCCCUGCCAUUCUUUAUUCAUUUUUUUUUACCCUCUUUAAAACGCACACCUCCCUAAAGCGGACACCAAGCGUCGGUUUCUGCCAUUCUUUAGUCGUUUUCUUUGACUCUCUAUAAGAUGGACACCUCCCUAAAAUUCUUAAAGUUUGUCCCCGUCGUUCUUCAUUCAUUUUCUUUGAUUCUGUAGAAGACGGACACCUCCCUAAAACGGACACCUAGAGUUGGUCCCUGCAAUUCUUUAGUCGUUUUCUUUGAAUCUGUUUAAGACGGACACCUCCUUAAAAUGGACACCUAGAGUCGGUUGCUACCAUUCUUCGUUCAUUUCCUUUGACUCUAUAAGACGAACACCUCCCUAAAAAGGACACUAAAUGCCGGCAUGCACUUUGUGCUGAUCAAAAAGAUAUCCGUCGACUUUAAGAGCCCCAACCCUGGCAUUUCUUAGGAACAACCUCUUCCUCGGUCAUAAUUUAAGUCUGUAAAAUAACUCGCGGAAACGUGUGUUUGAAAAUCAGGGGAAUGUAUGGAAUAAGAAUCAAAGCCCUGCUUGAAAGAACUGCAUUGGAUGCGCCUACGAUAAGCGUGAGGUAAGUUCUGUGAAGCAGGUUAACACACAUUUCACAAUCACUCACGGAUUUGGUCGAGAGCUCUGAUUUGUGAGAGUUUACAUCUCCGAAAUGGCGUCAAAAUGUUUAAAACUUUAGUGGAACUGCGAGUUGCACUCCAUUUGUUUCAUUGCAGCGUAUCAAAGAUGUUCACGUUAUCUCUGUGGUCUGUAAGAGGAAAUUCGAUGGAAAAUUGUUGUUUAUUCGCCAAAAUAUUCAAUAUUUUGUAUCAAUAGAGAUGUUGAACGUGGCAUUCAAAGCAAAAGGAAACGGUAGAGAUCAAAUCGGCUAUUGAAUUCGCUUUUGCCAUUUUCGGAGAUAGCUAGUACAUCGCUUAGGAGUGAAUAUGUUGCAUACGUUAGCGCUAGCGUUGGAAGAAGUCGGACGCGUCAAAGCUACUUGCGAUCGCUUUUCUCAAGUUGGUGCUUUUGAUACUGUAAUUUCCUGUGGUACCUACCCGCUUUGACUAGCUGUAGCUAUUUGCGGGUAGUUACAUUUGCACUGUCGUAUUCUAAUGAUAAAGUUGUUGUUGUUGUUGUUGUUAUAUGUUUUGCAUUUCAGAGUGGAGCCUGACCCAUCAAAGGCUGUAAAUCUUAACGUCACGUUUGAUUCUAAUGCGCCGUGUGUCGUUGGAGAGUUGUUACCAAGUAAGUGAGACCAUUAGAUUGACAGUAGUCUGGUAGGACUGUUGCGCAGGCAAGUGUAUCCCAAGCAAGCAAACGGGUUUCCAGUUUUGCCGUCAAAACUUGCGCUUUCCAUAGGCUGGAUUUCCGCCGCUAUCUCGGGUCCGGUCGAGGUCGCAAGCUCAUUAGGGAGCUUAAGCAACGACGACGGCGACGUCGACGAGAACGGCAUAAAACAAUAAGGUUUAGAUUGGUAAAACAACAACCUUGCGCGUGCGUCAGCCCUUUAGAAUUCAACUCCUGAAAAAUUAGCCAUCAUUUGACAAAUUAAAUAGUUGGGUUAAGAGCAAUGAAGUUUGAAACAGCGCGAAUUCACUUUUUGGGUGACGUUUUCUCCGCCGUUGCCGUCGUCGUUGCUUAAGCUCCCUAGUUACCGAACAGCGACUGAUAAUCGAGUCUAGACUACGAGUAGUCCCCAUUUUUCCUCAGGGAUAGUAGAGCGAGCGAAACGCGAGCGCGCGUGAAAAUCACCCCACGCGAGAGAGGCGAGACGGGGCUACUGACGGGUUAAGAGUGCAUUGCAGGUCAAAUACUUUGUCUAGUGACUCUGCAUUUUAACUAUUUAAUCCCCAAGAGUGACCAAGAUCCAUUUUGUCCUAACAAUAUCAACACAUAAUCAAGAGAAACGGUUAUGAGAAUUUAUAUAAUGAUCAACUAAGGGAAAAUGCUUUGAUUUUUUCUCCACUUUCAGCAGCAUCUGACUGAUAUUAGCUAUAGGGAAUUCUCAUCCAAAACGGAAAGUGAUUUGCAAGGACUUGUUCGAUUAGCACCCUCUGGGAUUUCAGACCAACAGGGUGGCAAUUCUCCCAACUAAGUCUUAAGGGAAAUGUAUGGAGAUCAGUCUGGAGAAUUUGUGAGUGGAUAUCGAGGUUUAAUACAAUUGGCUAUGUCUUUCUAAGCAUUGCGCUCAGCAUUGUGUGACCAAAUUCCAGGUGUUUGGAGAUCUAUAGGCUUUUACUUUAACCUGAAUCUGCGUUCUACCAUACAAAUUCAACUUUAAAGCAGUUUGGCCACGUAAGGACAUUGAUAUAUUGAACACUUUUACCUGAAAAUUUGAUUGACUCAUUCCUUGGGUGGGUGUUAGCAUAAGAGGUUCAGGUUGGGGGAUGUUUUGCCCCCAAACAAACCUACUGUCCUGCGUUUCAGCUGUUUCAGCCCAUGUCGUCGGAGAGGACGAGGCUGUAAUGAAAGCAGCAAGUGCUAAGGACAUAGUGUUGAAGAUAUGGCACUCUAAGGAUGGCCCAAUAUCAGACAAGCCGCCAGCCAGGGUAUGUUAUACUAGCCUGUUUUCUUUCACAUCACAUAGUAACUGGGUUUCACAAUACAUACACUGUAAGUGUCAAUAUUCUUAGGCACUAACUAGCCGAGAGCUAUUUUCCAGGGCUGUCACCAAGAUUUCAAGUUGACGUUAUAUGCAAUCAGUAGGCGGGAAAUUGAACUUCAAGGAAAUCGUUAUGUCCUAGUUUCCUUUUGUUUCGUAUGAAAGUAGCCGGGCAGUGCCUGAUUCAGACCUUGAGAUGAGGAGGAAGGGGGAGGGGGGGGGGGCGGUAAUCCAGACCCUUAGAUAAGAGGGGGGUGGUCUCCCAAAAAAAUUUUUUCGGCCCUUCUGGCCUCAGUUUGGGGGGGGGGUCGGGGGUUACAACUUGGUGUUACGGUGCACGAAUUUAUGCUAAUUAGUAUAUGCCAAUGUCUAUGUCAUAUAAUGAUAGUAUCAUGGAGUCAUGGUUUCAUAGGUCUCGUGGUGUCAGUGGUUUCAUAGUUUCAUGUGUUUCGUGGUUUCAUAGGUUUAGUGGUGUUCAUAGGUUCAUGGUUUCAUAGGUUUCGUGGUGUCAAUGGUUUCGUAGUUUCAUGGGUUUCGUGGUGUCAAUGGUUUCAUGGUUUCAUAGGUUUCCUGGUGUCAAUGGUUUCAUGGUUUCAUGUGUUUCGUGGUGUAAAUGGAUACAUGGUUUCAUAGGUUUAGUGGUGUUAAUAGGUUCAUGGUUUCAUAGGUUUCGUGGUGUCAAUGGUUUCGUAGUUUCAUGGGUUUCGUGGUGUCAAUGGUUUCAUGGUUUCAUAGGUUUCCUGGUGUCAAUGGUUUCAUGGUUUCAUGUGUUUCGUGGUGUCAAUGGAUACAUGGUUUCAUAGGUUUCCUGGUGUUAAUAGGUUCAUGGUUUCAUAGGUUUCGUGGUGUCAAUGGUUUCGUAGUUUCAUGUGUUUCAUGGUUUCAUAGGUUUCGUGGUGUCAAUGGUUUCAUGGUUUCAUAGGUUUCGUGGUGUCAAUGGUUUCAUGGUUUCAUAGGUUUCCUGGUAUCAAUGGUUUCAUGGUUUCAUAGGUUUCGCGGUGUCAAUGGUUUUAUGGUUUCAUAGGUUUGGUGGUGUCCAUGGUUUCAUGGUUUGAUAGGUUUCGUGGUGUCAAUGGUUUCGUCGUUUCUUAGGUUUUGUGGUGUCAAUGGUUUCAUGGUUUCAUAGGUUUCGUGGUGUCAAUGGUUUCAUGGUUUCAUAGGUUUCGUAGUGUCCAUGGUUUCAUGGUUUUAUAGGUUUCGUGGUGUCAAUGGUUUCAUGGUUUCAUAGGUUUCGUGGUGUCAAUGGUUUCAUGAUUUCUUAGGUUUCGUGGUGUCAAUGGUUUCAUGAUUUCAUGUGUUUGGUGGUUUCAUAUGUUUCGUGGUUUCUAUGGUUUCAUGGUUUCAUAGGUUUCGUGGUGUCAAGGGUUUCAUGGUUUCAUGGGUUUCGUGGUGUUAAUGGUUUCAUAGCUUCAUGGUUUCAUGGUUUCAUUGGUUUCGUGGUGUCGACAGUUUCAUAGGUUUUGUGGUGUCAAUGGUUUCAUGGUUUCUUAGGUUUCAUAGGUUUCAUGGGUUUCAUGGUUUCAUAGGUUUCGUGGUGUCAAUGGUUUUAUAGGUUUCAUGGUUUCAUAGGUUUCGUGGUGUCAAUAGUUUCAUAGGUUUCAUGGUUUCAUAGGUUUCGUGGUGUCAAAGGUUUGGUGGUUUCCUGGGUUUUGUGGUGUCAAAGGUUUGGUGGUUUGAUAGGUUUCACAGUUUCAUGGAUUUCAUGGUGUCAAAGGUUUGAUAGUUUCAUAGGUUUCACAGUUUCAUGGGUUCCGUGGUUUCAUAGGCUUCGUGGUGUCAAAGGUUUCAUGCAUAGUUUCUUAGGUUUAAUAGUUUCAUGGGUUUCAUGGUUUCAUAGUUUUCGUGGUGUCAAUGGUUCCAUAGAUUUCGUGGUGUCAAGGGUUUCUUUUUUUUUCAUAGGCUUCUUGGUGUGAAAGGUUUCAUGGGUCUCGUGGUUUCAAUGGUUUUAUAGUGUCAUGCUUAAUUGAAAAUAGUUAUUUCUCGUAUGCAGGUUUCCUUUGUUUAAACAUAUUGUUUUCGUAGGACGCGACUACGUAACUUUUGUUGCUGUUGUUUGUAAUUUUGUUGUUCGUUAUAAAACUAAUUCUGUAAAAUAUUCAUUUCUCAUCAGGAUCUAUUGUAAACCGUUAAACGUUAAUUGUUAAUUACUAGAUUUUUCACAGUAGCUUUUAUUUGCGACACCUUGCGUUUGGAUAGGAUUUGUAAGUCGUUUGGUAUUAAGAAGGGGCCACGUUGCUGGAAAGUUAGCACGGAGGGUGCGUUCAAGAGAUUAAGAGAUAAACUUUUAAAAGCUCACGCACUACUGGAAUCCUUCAGUAGAUGCCUUCCUGAUUCACGGCAAAGAAGUCAUUUUUCGGAGGAGAGCAAACAGAAGUGCUGUAAAAGUUGACAGAGCAGGAAUACAGAACGCCAAUACGGAGUACGGACAAGUACUUUGGUGAUCGAAGAAAUUUCUCCAAGAACGGUUGCAGAUUCAACCAUAUUGAACCAGAGAACAGCAGAGUGGGAGAUAAAAGCAAGUUUGUUUCAUUUCUUCUACCUUUUCUUUCUUUGACUUCCACAGCUUCCACCAUCCGCAGCAUUAACUAAAGGUUUUUCCAACAAGCCCACUUAUGUCAAACUUACAUCCUUCAACUGCUCCAUGUUUUUAAGUUCCUGUCAGUUUCAUAGUUGUAAUUACUUUUCUAGCCCUUGUGGCGGCAGUUAGUGAUAUUGUUGGAUUCUCUCUACUUAUACAUUACAAACAGUUUUUGAGUAGUUUUCAAAAAAGCACUGUCGGUAAAAUAUAAACUAAAAGUGAUGCGCUCUAGUUUUUAUCUAUGGGCCGUUGCGAGAGUUCAUUUGACAUGACAGCCUGUCAAGCCCUGGUCCAAUCACAGUUUCAAUAAAAAAAUCAACCAAUCAAAGUGCUUGUUUACGUCGUUCGCACGUGCGCUCACCUCUUGUUUGUUUGUUUCUUUUUUUCUCUCCCAACAUGUUAGAGAUGUAAAAAAAUAAUCAGAGGAUUAUAAUUUCACAUUUAAAUGUUUCUUUCUCUCAGCCACGGGCAUUAUCCUUCGAUAUACUAGCCGCCGGAAGAGGUUCAUUUACUAAAUUAUCCAUGAAAUUAACAAACCCAAUAAACCAUACCAUGAAACUACAAAACCUUUGAAACAACGAUAUAUAUGAAACCACGAAACCGGUGGAACCAAGAAACCCAUGGUGGACGGUAACUUAGUAUUGUCAAAUGACACCAUGGACAGAACUAUAAUACCAUGAAACCCUUGACACCUAGCCUCCCCGUAGACGUCCUCUGGGGUUCGCUCGUCACGCGUUUAUUUCUCCCCCACAGACGUCUGCUAAACACAGCCGACAUUUACGUUCUUGUUUGUUUCAAUAAGCCACUAAGCGGUUAGUUAUUGUGUCACGAUCAGCCAGUAACGAGCUGUGAUACAAGUGAAACGGCACCUACGAAUUAUUUCUCGUUUUCUUAGAGGAAUAUUUAUUCCAUGCGUAUGCAUGGAUGAGACUCCGAAGAAAGUUAUAAGAAGCGAAUUAUUUUUGUUUUCUUUGUAGCUGUAAUUUAGGAAAGGACUAAGUUCGUGUGUUUGGAAAAAGCGCAGUCGACAUCGCAAGGCUCAUCAAACGUGCUCUGGACGUUGAUGUGCCUUUGUGUACGUCAAAUUAAUUUUUUAUUUGCACAGCUGUCUUCCACCUGAGACGAAUCAAACGUUUUGAAAAAAUCACAGUAAUGAUGCAAUAGAGCUCUAGUCAACUGUAUAGUUUUUUGGGAAGUUGUUGUAAGUAUAAAAUAGUCUGCUUUUCUUUGAAAGACUUCAAACAACAGUCUCCUACACGACCUCGGAGCGGUUUUCAGCACGGUCAAUAUCAAUUACUAUUAAAUCUGUAUAUAUUCGAAGUAAUAAGAAAAGAGAACUUGUAAACUUGUAUAGGGAAGAUUUUCGAAGCAUUCUUCGAAAACAAAGGCCGUUUCCUUUUUUUGCGAAUGUAAUUCCACCAAGGUCAUGGGUCGCGGACUAAGGACUUAAACCAAGGAAUUAAACUAUCAAAGUUCAAUAGAAACGGUGGAGUCCUUCCUCACACAAAGCCUGUGGUAUAAUUCUUUGAUUAGAGUUAUGGACAAACUGGUCUUCUAUAAAAGUUGGUAUCAAAUGGGCAUUUCUCAGGUGAAUCAAAUCGUUAAGGAAAAACCAAGUACUUUUUUCUUGUCACCAACAGAAUUUGAAGAAAAAGUAUCAGACAAAGGUUUGCCCUUUGACAUUCUAUGGAAUGACAUCUACCCUCCGAGAGCUCUGGAAAAAUCAAAAACUACCAAAUGUACCACUAAACUGUAAAGAACAAGAGUCUUUCACAACCGCCUUUUUAAAAUCGAAAAAGCCCAGCAGACUAGCUUAUCAAAAACUGGUGGAAUUAAAAUGUAACUAUAAAAUUUCUAGUCAGGAGAAAUGGAGCAAAGUUUUCCCAGAAGCUCGUGAUUUAAUCUGGCAAAACUCAUAUAUGACCGCUUUUAAAUGUACCAAAACCACCAAACUGACUGAAUUUCAGUUUAGAUUCCUUCAUCAAACUUUGGCAACAAACGUAUCUUUAGUCAAAAUGGGAUACAAAGAUGACAUUAGGUGUUCACUUUGCCAUGAAGAAGCGGAAAACUCUGGUUCUGCAGCAAAAUAGAACUUUUCUGGAAACACCUUAUUGCCUUUCUAACGGAUCGUAAACUUUUAUCCAACGACUAUCUCCUUAACAGUCUUGUCGUCUUGGGUCCGAUGCCUGAUACUUCCAAAAACAAAGCCGCAAUCAACUUCGUUCUGUUACUUGCGAGAUUCUACAUUUGGCUUUGCAGAAGCAAAAGAAAUAUUCCAACUAUUGAAAAUUUUAAGCCUUUUUUAAAACAACAUAAUAAAGAAAUUGAACCUUUCCCUCUUUAGUAAUCUUUUAUCAGUUUGGGGUCUCUCGCUCUUUUUUCACUUUCCUUCCUGCCAGACAUUUCCUUCCUAUUUUCCUCGCUUCAACAUUCAAAGCAUAUAAAGCUAAUUUUCAGUGAAUCAGCAGAGAAAAUAUCUUUAAUCUCUUUUUUCUCCUUUGAGUUAAAACUACAGUUAACUAAAAUUUACCAUACUUUCCCGCCCCCUUAAUUUUCUGGUUUUUGUAGCGUAUGUAUAUAAUCCGUAUUGUAAGUAGUGCAAGUAGCUGUUAUAUAUAUAUGUAAAGCGUGGAGUAUAGCACUGUUAGCAGUGUAAGUAUCUCAUUGUAAGUAAGUAUUGCAAGUUUUGUAUCGUAAGUAGAGUAUAGUAUUGUUCGUAGCGUAAGUAUCUCACAUUGUAAAUAAGUUUUGUUUUGUAAGUAGAGUAUAGUUUUGUUAGUAGCGUAAGUAACAUACAUUGUUUGUAAGUAAGAAUUGUAAGUAAGUACUUUGUAAUUGCAAGUGUUUUAAAAAAAAUAAAAUUGAAUUUAAAAAAUACAUAUCACUGAGCACUACAGCAGGAAUACAAAUAUUUUCCAGCUUUGUAGCUUGAUCUUUCAUAAGAUUUACCAGGGCCGAAACAACAACAAUAAUGUCCAGGAGAUCCAAGCAGUGUCGCAAACAAGCGGCAAAGCUUGAUACAUAAGGGAUUUACCAAAUCCCGUCGGCAAAUUUAUGAACUGAUCGGUCUUCUCUAUAAAAUUUGCAGGAUAGCGUCUCUCUGAUACUUGUUUAACUCUGCAUUCAUUACAAAUUUCUCGCACACCCGAUCAAAAGCCUCACUGAUCGGUGAACGUAAAUGUCGGCUGUGUUUAGCAGACAUCCGUGGGGGAGAAAUGAACGCGUGACAAACAAACCCCAAAGGACGUCUGAGGGGAGGCUACUUACACCAAGAGGCCUAUGAAACCAUGAAACCUCUGACACCAUGAACCCCAUGAAACCACGAGACCUCUCACACCAUGAAACCUAUGAAACCACGAAAUCAUUGACACCACGAAACCUAUGAAACCAUGAAACUUUUGACACCACGAAACCAUUGACACCACGAAACUUAUGAAACCAUGAAACCAUUGACACUACGAAACCUAUGAAACCAUGUAUCCAUUAACACCACCAAACAUAUGAAACCAUUGACGCCAGGAAACCUAUGAAACCAUGAAACCAUGGACACCACGAAACCUAUGAAACCAUGAAACCACUGACACCACGAAACCUAAGAAACCAUGAAACCAUUGACACCACGAAACCUAAAAAGCCAUGAAACCAUUGACACCACGAAACCCAUGAAACUAUGAAACCAUUGACACCACGAAACCUAAGAAACCGUGAAACCAUUGACACCACGAAACCUAUGAAACCGUUAAACCAUUGACACCACGAAACCUAUGAAACCAUGAAACUAUUGACACCACGAAACCUAUGAAACCAUGAAACCAUUGACACCACGAAACCUAUGAAACCGUUAAACCAUUGACACCACGAAACCUAUGAAACCAUGAAACUAUUGACACCACGAAACCUAUGAAACCAUGAAACCAUUGACACCACGAAACCUAUGAAACCAUGAAACUAUUGACACCACGAAACCUAUGAAACCAUGAAACUAUUGACACCACGAAACCUAUGAAACCAUGAAACCAUGGACACCACGAAACCUAUGAAACCAUGAAACUAUUGACACCACGAAACCAUUGACACCACGAAACUUAUGAAACCAUGAAACCAUUGACACUACGAAACCUAUGAAACCAUGUAUCCAUUGACACCACCAAACACAUGAAACCAUUGACGCCAGGAAACCUAUGAAACCAUGAAACCCUUGACACCACGAAACCUAUGAAACCAUGAAACCCUUGACACCACGAAACCUAUGAAACCAUGAAACCCUUGACACCACGAAACCUAUGAAACCAUGAAACCAUUGACACCACGAAACCCAAGAAACCAUGAAACCAUUGACACCACGAAACCUAUGAAACCAUGAAACCAUUGACACCACGAGACCUAUGAAACCAUGAAACUAUUGACACCACGAAACCUAUGAAACCAUGAAACCCUUGACACCACGAAACCUAUGAAACCAUGAAACCCUUGACACCACGAAACCUAUGAAACCAUGAAACCCUUGACACCACGAAACCUAUGAAACCAUGAAACCAUUGACACCACGAAACCCAAGAAACCAUGAAACCAUUGACACCACGAAACCUAUGAAACCAUGAAACUAUUGACACCACGAGACCUAUGAAACCAUGAAACUAUUGACACCACGAAACCUAUGAAACCAUGAAACCAUGGACACCACGAAACCUAUGAAACCAUGAAACUUUUGACACCACGAAACCAUUGACACCACGAAACUUAUGAAACCAUGAAACCAUUGACACUACAAAACCUAUGAAACCAUGUAUCCAUUGACACCACCAAACAUAUGAAACCAUUGACGCCAGGAAACCUAUGAAACCAUGAAACCAUGGACACCACGAAACCUAUGAAACCAUGAAACCACUGACACCACGAAACCUUAGAAACCAUGAAACCAUUGACAUUACGAAACCUAAAAAGCCAUGAAACCAUUGACACCACGAAACCCAUGAAACUAUGAAGCCAUUGACACCACGAAACCUAUGAAUCCGGAGGAAAUCCCCUGCCCUUUCUUCUUAGUGACAGCAUAUUCACAGCAGAAGGGCUUGGUUACUAUUCAGAAGUGGUAAAAUGACUGGCCUAUUCUUUAUAACUUAAAGUGUUAUCGUACUGAGGUCACAACGGUGUAGCACAAUGCCGCUGUUAAUUGAAACCACCGAGGCUUAACGUUUUACUUAUAUUUUAAUUUUGUUAAGGCCACAACGUUGUGCCCAUCAAAGCGGAAGUUAACGGAUAAAGAAGGAGAAUUCUAUUUCAGGUAAUAAUGAUAAGAAUACGAAUAAAUAUGAUAAUAUAUAAUAAUAUAAUAUGUAUAUUGCGCAUAUAGAGUGUUUUCACAUGACGUCACGGCGGCCAUAUUGGUGUCCCAAACCAAUCCUCUGGCAGUAGAACUCUUUUCUUAUGCAAACGCUUUCUUUUGUUUCGAUAAAUUUGCAUAGCUGCAGGCCACGUGAGUGAAAACACUCUAUACAAUGGAAGUAUUUUCAUGUGCGCAUUACAAACGAUGAGAUAAAAAUAAGUCAGUUAAAAGCUAUCUUAAAAAGGUAAGUCAAUUAUAAGCUACCUUUAAAAAAAGUUAAUUAAAAGCUAUCUUUAAAAAGUAGGUUUUGAGAGCUGUCUUAAAAGAUGUAAGGCUCUGAAUGUUUCUUGUCUCCGCCGGAAGGCUGUUCACACAGUUCACACAGUUUGGGAGCUGCCGACUGAAAGGCUCGGUCACCAAGUCAGUAGGUAGGCAGCGUGCGUUGGCUGGUACCAACAAAGUCGCAUUCCUGGACCUAAGAUUAUAUCUUGACUUGGCAGCGACAGCAAUAAUAUCAACCGAAGUAUGGUUGAUUGAGUAGUUUUCAAAGCAAGCAAUGCAAAUUUUUUUAUACAUUCGCUCAUAACCAUAUAUUGUAAACUGCACUCACUAGGGACCUCAAAGUACCAGAUAUGUCAGGUGGCUAUUGUAUGGUAGUACAGUUUGGAUCUGCAGCAGCUGCCACGCUCUCUAGUAAACCGGUGAGAGCAUUGUUUGUUUAACGUGGAGUCUUCAUUACUAGUUACUUCUUGCACAAACCCUUAUUCAAUUUAUAAACACUAUUUAUUACAACAUUUGCUCUAUUAGCCUUAAGGGCUCACCUAGAGAGCUUGCGCUGUUUACAGUGAAUAUUUCAAAAACACAAAAUACACGUCACAAUUGAACACUCACAAAAAAGCGAAAGCAUAAAAAGAAAAACAAAAUUAAAUGUAGAAACAGAAACACACACGCAGCAACUAACAGAAGCGAUUUGAUAGCGAAACAAACGACUGGACAAGCUGAAACAACCUAAUGAUAAUUUGAAAAUCAGCAGUAGAAGUACCAUUUAAAAGCCAAUCGAUUUUUUUUGUUAUCUGAGGCACAAUGCAAUCUAUUUCCAAGUACUCCUUGUUCUUUAUUUCUUUGGUAAUAACACACACUUUGAAGAGAAGCACUUUUAUUUGUAAAUUUCUUUUUGUUGUCUGCAACGUAAGGAAGAGCUAUCUUAAGCAGAACACACCAAAUAACCCCUCCCCUUUUUUUGUCUGUUUCUUUUCCAUUGCACCUUAAACCUGUUCUCCUCCAAAUAAGCACGUCUGCUUGGUGGUAUAUUUCAUUUUUCCACAAGUAGGAGAAUUGUGUGUAGUAAUACAUACUAUCCAGUCUCGGAGAGUUCGUUGGCCACGACAGCUAAAUACCUUCCCAAUUCUUAAUGAUAGUAAGAGCCAACUAUGUUCGUUAACAUAGAGUUUCACUUACUUCCUCUUGCAGAUCACAUUCACAGCAAAGGCUGGUCUCCCUGUGAAGUUUGAACCGGAGACGAUGCCUGCGACUCCCACUGUUUCCAACACUCAAAGGACCAACAGCCGAACCCUGGUGAAGACACUCAAGUUACAACUUAAGGUUCAAAUAUUAACUGUUUUGGGGUUGCUUUCCGUCCUCAAUGUACUGCCAAAAUGACCCACAUCUUCAAUUGCCAUUUCUUUCCGAUGCCAUGCGUAUAAUUGUAGGCCAGCGUCGGUGAGCAUUAGAGAGAUUACGCAACGACGACGGCGACAGUAACGAGAAUGGCAAAAAAGCAAUUGGUUUAGACAAGCAAAACAACAACUUUGCACGUGCAUCACGCUUUUUCGUACAUUUCUCAGCCGUCGUUGCACGACUACAACGUGAAACUGCCCAGUUUCACGUUUUGUCGAGGACGGAAACAGAGGACAACAACUUUCUUUUUCUUUUCCUGAACUUUGAUGCAGUCCUUUAGAAUUCAACUCCCAAAAAUAUGCCAACAUUUGACGAAUUAAACGAGAAGGAAUAAGCGCGGUAAAGUUUGAAGCAGAGCAAAUUCACUUUUUAAGUGACGUUUUCGUAGCCGUCGGCGUCGCCGUCGUCGUUGCCUAACUCCCUAUUAAAUUUUGGGAAAAGAGUUGCAGAGAGUUGCAGUUGGUUGCCUGCAAAGAUUUCGUCCGUACUUUGAAGAUGAGUAGCAAGUCGCUGAAAAUGAACAAAGGAAAAGAAAAAAAUGAACAACAAAAAGAUUAGUCCAUUGACGGCGUCGAUGAAGCAUCUCACAAAGGUGAUGACGAUUAUGUCACCAAGAAGUACGUUUACGAGGUGAUGAAAGUGCAAGGGUCGAUGUUUCUCAAUUCAUUUGAAUCCAUGUUGACCAGUGUUAACAAUAGAAUUCAUGGUGUGAUCAAAGACCUGACAGAAUUGAAUUCAAGUAUUCGCAUCACCUUAAUCUCUUGCCUAGUAGCUUAACAAACCUCUUUUUAAGUAAUAAUCAGCAAACUGGCUUUAGGCAGCCUUGAGACAAGAUUGCUCUCUCUGCCGUUUGUUUUAGGACAAAUUCGAUAACCUGACUGGUGAGAAUCUGAAAGAAAAGGUGGUUGUCAAGGUAACGACACCAUCAGAAGGCAUUGACGAGAUCCCUGCUCUGACUGGAAAUGUGUACUCCUUGGAGGUACCCCUGGUCAAGGGCGUGGCCACUGUACAGAACCUCCUUAUUCAAGAGAACACUGCAGGCAAAGACGGACAGGAAUACCUGCUGAACUUUCACACUCAGAUUCCUCCUAAUUCUUCGCCUCAUCCUAUUCCCGUGUUUACAUUGGCAUUCUUGUUUUACAAUGGCAAGUACCCUUCGGUUUCAUGUAGUACUGACUUUCUUCUUCGUGAUUAAGGGCCUGUUUACAUUGAGGCGGGGACCCCAGGUAGGUGAGGUAACCUGCUUAGGUGGGGUAACCCGCCUGUCCAUAUAAUCUCUCAUUUUAAUUUGAUCACGUUUACAUGAUAAGUGGGGUGACCCGCCGCAUGUUACCUCACCUAUCUCGGAUCUCCCACCUCCAUGUAAACAGGCCUUAACUUAAAGGAUAUCCGAUAAUGUGCUUGUUCGUUGUGUGACUUUUUUGUUUUAAAAUAGCAAAUACACUGCGGUUUUCUGUGGUGCUAAUUUUCCCAUCCCUUAUAAAUAUUAACAUAAAAUAACAAGUGCCCGUUCUUUCUGCGCAGGCUUGUCACUAAGAUUUCAAGUUACGGGUAAAUGCAACAAGUAGGCGGGAAAUCAAACAGCUAGGGAUUUCGUUUGGUUCUAUUUUUUCUCUUUUCCAAUGAAAGUAGCUGGGGCCCAUUCAUUAGCAGCUGGGGAAAUCCCCGGCCCCUGGCUCUUAGUGGCAGCCCAGCUGCGACCUGGUUUUGUUUACAGUGGCAGGUACACUUCGGUUUCCUGUAAAAAAAAAAAACUAUUAAAUUCCUAUUUCCCUCUUCUUGAUUAACUUAAAAAAAAAACUUCUUUUUGUUUGUUCAACCUUUUGUUUUAGAAUAGCAAGUACACUUCGGUUCUUAUAAAGAAGUGUCUAAUUUCCACUCAUUGAUUAACGUAUCUGCUUAUUCGUCGUUUGACCUCUCUAAAUCACUUCCUUUUACUUGCUUUCCACCUUGUUAGGUAUUUUGUUAACUAACACAACAUAUUUCAUAAACAGUACUAUACUUUUUUGCUUUUAGAUGUGAGGAAACAGCAACAGAUGGCUCAGCUGACAAAAGAAAGAGAUCACUUAUUUGAGACGAUACGCACCUACCGGCUUCUUUUUGAAACUACGCGACAACUCAUUAACGAGAUGCAAGGUUGGUGGCUUAUUUUUGGUUCUUUGCAGUCGACCACAUUAACAUUCGCCCACAGAGGAGUGAGACGCAAUAAUUUUGUCUUAUCCUCAAAGUCUCGAGAGUAAAUAACAUCAAUUUUCUCCUAACAAUAUCCAUGCACAAUCAAAAGAAAAGGUUAUGAGAAAUAAUAAAAUGAUCAUCAAAAUGAAAAUGCUUUGAUUUUUAUCAAAUUCUCUCAACUAAUUCUGUAAGGAAAUAUAUGGAGAUCUGUAGAGAGAAUUCUUAUGUGGAUAUUGGGACUUAAAAGAUUACUCAUUAAGUCAAUGUUCCUCCAUAAAAGAUUCAAAAGCUGACGCAUUAAGUGCUAGCCCUUCAUCAGAGCGAAUUGAAACUUGAUAACACCAGCUUUUUUUUAAAGAUUUGAACAACCAAUUUUAUAAUUGAACCAUAACCUUUAUUUUUGUACUUUACAGUGUCAGUGCAUGAAGCUUCUUUACAAGAACAGAAGCUGAGAGGAGAACUCAGAAAACAAAACAUCCCUGCAAGCAGCUUAGCAUCGGUAAGAGGGUAAUCCUGGUACAGGAUCGAGCCACCCUAAGGGAGUAGUUAGAGUACCAAGCUCAAGUCCAGAGGUCGCUGUUUUCGGUUUAACCAGAGGUCCCCUCUUUUCCACAGAGGCCUAGCGGAGAGUAGAACACAGGGGAGAAAACGUACGUGGUGUAUGCUGGGAAGGGGAAGAGAGGAAGCGAGGUUUCCGCCAUUUUUCUUUCCUUUGUUCACACGACAGCACUUUCGAGUUAUAAAAGAAGUUAUGUUCUUGUCGUCGGAGCUUCUGUUAGGGAAAUAUGAGGUGCAUAUGUAGCCACACGGCACUGGCUGGUUUUGAUUAAAGUUGGAUCUGAAUUCAACUCCUUGGCCAUACCUGUUGGUGCCUCUGAAGCUUUUACGUUUACUUUCGUUUUCUUAUUUAGACGAAGUGCUAGAAAGUUGUGGAUGAUGCCUCAUUUUGUUACCGUGCAUACGUCACAAGUUUUGCAUAUUACCGGAAGGUCUCAUUUUGUAAAAGUCAAUUCGCACCAUAGAUUAGUAUUGUUAAAUAUCCGUUUCAUUUGAAUGGUCACAUCAUAGCUCUGGGAGUGAAAGAGUUAAUCACUAGAGAGCUUUAGAUUUGAGGAGGAGAACGAGUAUGAGUAUGAGAUUUAACAUAAAGUUUCAGAAUCUAAGCCCUCUACUGCUUGUUUGUUCUUAGCCAUCAGCUGUGACUACAUUGAUAGAUGAAAUGUCAAAAAAGAGAGAUCAGAUCGCUAUUACUCCUCGCCGACAGUGUCUACUUCACCCUGGACCCCGUGGAGACUCUGGUAUUCUGGGAAAGGUUUGUUCAGUUUACUUUUCGAUGAGUUCACACUAUGCUUUAGUCUGACAAGUUUUUUCCCUUUUUCAAAGCCAUAGCAAAGAGUGAUUUAUAAUAACCGUUAUGCAUGUUUACGUCAGACGAGUAUAUUUCACCACCCAGCCUCGUUUUGAAGUUGAAAAGUUGCCAAGUUGUGCAUAAAUGAAUUCCCAGGGCAGAAAAGUUGAAAAGAAUAUUCACGCCCAAAGGGUGCAAAUGCAAACAGUUUUGUUUACAAACGAGGUUUUGUGAAAUUUGCUCGACUGACGUAAUUAUGCAACUUCAAAUCUUAGUGACAGCCCUGACCUCGGUAAUGAAGACACUUGGCUCUACCUCGUCGGUAUACUUUUGUUGCGUAUUAGCGCUAACGCUGUUCUCUGUUCCCCCUGCAGGUAGCUCAUUUAGCUCAAGUGGUAGAUGACGACGUUGCGCGAGUACUGUCGUGGCACAUGGCAUCCGAUAUGGACUGUGUCGUUACUCUCACGACAGAAAAGGUUCGUCCUUAGACUUUCAAAAAAGUCCUUUUUCCGAUUUAAUAUGGCGCGGGACGAAGGUCGACCUUUCGCGACUUCGUCGUACGCUUGGUCGCUUGCUAAGACACUCGUGCUGUCGACUUCUAGCAAGUCUAGUUCGUUCCCAUAACCUCGUGUUUUGCCUGCAGUGCUUUUCGCUCAUCAUAAAUUCUCUCCCCUUUUGGGUAGCUAGUAUGUACGUAAGUUAUGCUGUUCCGCUCUAUCCUAUUCUACUGGACCUGUCGUUUUGUGCUCUGUAGGGUGUGUUUUUUAUUGCUGACAAGCGUUUGCGAGGUAGCAAUACUAUUGUUUGUGUAGCGAAAAAAUUCAAUUUUGUAGUAUUCUUUGUGUAGCGGCAAAUUCUAUUUGUGUCGAAUGUAAGAUCACCCACAAACACACUUGGUCAUGACUAUCUUAGAGGUCUUUUUAUAUGACGUAGUAUAUCCGCACAGCGCUCGAUUGAAUGUUCAAGUUCCUGACAAACGGACAAUCUUGACUGUUUAAACUGUCGAAUUCUUUUUCUUUUCCUCCGGUAUUAAUAAACUCAAUCGAGUUAAAGGCUUCCGUGUUACCUCAGGAAUGAACCGUAACUUAAGUAUUUGCCUUACUGGUCGAAAGCACACUGAUUUCAUGAGCGAAUGUUUUACAUCAACGGGCAAAGUCAACGACUAAUAUUUUGGCACAAAACUGUAAAUUCCUCUGCUGCUUAUUUCCUGGUAAUAAUUAUUACUGUCUCACUUCCAUGACCUCCACACAAGUCCUUUUGUAGCUCUCUAAAAUAACCGGUAACAUUUAACUAGUUUUUUGUCACUUUUUGAAUAACACGGGUAACUGUUUAUUUUCAGGCAAAACAAGUGUAUCGCGACUCUAAUGGCCAGCAACAAGUGCUACCCUUGGAUUCUAUCUUCAGACGUAGUUUACCAGAAUGGAAUAGGUACAGACCAAAUUAACCCAGUUAUUAUAGACGCUGUGUCUCUCAGGAGUUUUCAAACCCAAACCUGCUUAACAAUUUUACACCAUAAAUCCUCCAUUAACCCCCCCCUCUCAAAUGAGCCCCCUCUCACUAAUAGGCCUCUCCUUUUCAGAGAAAGAAAGUUAAUAAGCCCCUUCUCUUUAAGCCUCCAUCCCGUCCCCUCCGCUUAUUAUUCUUUAUUAUUUUAAUGAUAGACUGUAUUAAUCAGUCACGACAGUAAAACAUGGUGUGGACUGAUCCAGGACGGUUUAUUUACCAACUAGAAGUUCGGAAUUGUUAUUGAUUUUCGGCUGCAUGACUCCAACGUCUUGUACUGGAACUUUUCCUCUUUGUAUUCUAGUUCUUUAUGGUGAACUGAUACCAUCGUUUCUUCUUAAUUAGAUAACCCCCUCUCUCUAACCCCUCCCCACCUCAAAUGGGCUUGAAAUAAAUAAGCCCCCCAAGGGGCUUUAAUUGAGGAUUUACGGUAAGUUGGUUUUUUAACCCAAAGAAAAUUCAGGGAGUGCUCAAGUAGUGCCGAUCAAGUUUAUAAAAUUUCCUGCCCGGUUUUAUGAGUUACUCUACUACAUUAAAAUGUACUAUACUGUUAUCUGCAGGUUUAACCUGGCUUACACUCUCAUUCAUUCGCGUAGUCAGUUGUGAUGUCAUAUAAUGGUGAUCUAUCUUUUGAAUCUGUAGGCGAAUUCAUAUAGAACCCUCUAUUUCGGUAGGACCCUAUGCGUGAUUUUUCUUUCCUGAAUUUGUGAAAAUUAGACUAUUAACUCCCAGUGCAUUAGAAAAAGUUAGCAAUACUUGCAGACAUGUCCGCAGGGGCCUGUGAAUAUGCUAGUGAGCACGCUCAAGAAUUUUCCAGUGGCUUCAGAGUUUUAAGCCUGUAGCGUAGCUUAGCAAUGAGUAGCCAUUAAUACUGACUGUUAAUUUUAGAGCUCUUCCACAUAUACGAGGUCAGGGCAGUUACAAUCCGUCUGGUAACCCUGUGUACGCAAGAGAUAUGUUGAUGUUUCCAACAGAGGCGGAAAAUUGCAAGCUAGGUAAUACGAAUGUGUAUGCAAGAGUACUUAUUGUAGGGCCUGUGCGACAAUAGACCAUUAGAUAAUCAUUAGCCUGCUCUAUGUUCUCUAGUUUAAAAACAACUGUUGGGCCAACGCUCGAGAGGCGCCGGCGGAAUCUCAUGCGCGAGUGGCAAGCAGAUUGGCUCAUUCGAUAAGUUCUUGAAUGGAGAACUUCUCUAAGGCCAAGGUAAUUUGCUUGAAAGAAGGCAGUGCUGGGGGACGUUGAAUAGAAAUGAAUUUUCUGUUUAGGAAGGUGAACGUUUCGCUUACCCGUUGUCAAAGAGAUACCCAUUGGUGGAGCUCCGUGAUUAGUUGCAACAAGCUAGCGUAAACGGCAAGAAUCAGUUACAUGCUCCCCCCUCCCCCAAAUUAGCCGGACGACAGUUUCUCUAAACAGGCAGCUAAACAUUGGCUAGUAUAGGGUACAAAUACGUUAAUCCCAGGAAACAGUCCCCCUUAAUGCACAACAUCCACUUCCCGUUUGUUGACAUUUCCAGUGAUUCCACGCUCAGAGGUAGAAAUAACUUUGUCAAGAUACAUUGUUAUGGGUUUAGGAACUACCACUCUUAUGCUCCGUGAACAUCUACCAAUGCUUGUUGGGUAUCAGAGGUCUUUUUAUUUUCCUCUCGUGCGGCGGGGUGCUUCGAUGUCGGUAACAGACCGAAGCCGCGAGUCACUUUCACCAGAAAUUACACUAGAAACGUCUUUGCUGUCCGGGGUAUACAAAGUUCUUCGUGACUGUCAAAAAUUUUCCUCAAACUCAAUAACAAAUAAAUGUAUCGAGAAAACAGACAAAUUCUAUACCAUGAAUUGCGACACCUAAAUCAAACACUCGAAAGAGUUUUUCAUUUGGAAUCCAAAUAACCUUGACGUCACUAUGCCUCAUUUUUCAACUCACUUCUCGUUUUCUGCCCUAGGGGGUACUCCCUAUAAUGGCCUAUACGGCGAGACUCCGCCCGAAAGGGGUACCUUUUUCAGACUUCAGGUAUAUGGAAGGGUUAGGAUUUUACCAGUUGAAUUAUAUGAAAGUGGUGGGAAAUCUGUCAUUUGGGCCUGUGAAUGGGCUCAAAGGGCAGAACAGAUGAAUUUCAGUGUUAUGGCUUUAUAAAGUCGGGAAAACGUUCUAUUUUUGUGAUUGAUUCCUACUUAAAGGAUAAUGCAUUUGCAGCAGUUAAAAAGGGGUACCUUUUUCGUGAAAAAUGGUAUAUAAAAGGGUAAGGGGUUGGACCUCGGGGCGUAGCCUCCCCGUAUAAAAAUUUGUUGAGUACGCUCCCGGGAUUUUCUGCAUGUUUUUUGAAACUUUCCUCGGGUUUGAUUCAUUGCUUGUCUCAUGGCAGUGUUCGGUAUGUUACUGGGUGAUACACUGAUCCUAGAUGACCUGGACUGUGCAAAUAAAUACAGACAACAGGUGAGUAUACUUGUUGGUGAUGCAUUUCAAGGUGAUGUUACAUCGGACGAUUCGCAGCAACGAUUUUUAGCGCUAGACAGCGUUGCAACAUUGUUGUGACAUUGAUUCAAAUGGUUGCAACGUUGUUCCAACAUUGCCGGCAAUGCUGUGCCACGGCUGGCUAUUUCAUGUUGUUAAUAUUGCCAAUUAAGCUUCCUUGUGCGCAAUGAAACUAAACGUAAGGGGAAAAAUUUUCUUGUAAACGACAAAAUCACAGCUUCUCGUCAAAUAAAUGUCUCUCAAGCAUUAUAUGAAACGUUAAAUACGAGCAAAAUGAACUUUGGAAACGGUUAGGCUAACAAGUUUUCAAAAAUCGGUAAUUGCAAUCCGUUUUAGUCUUCCUCAGCUGAGUUUGUCCGCCCCUGCCUCUUUUUGUAUUUGCUGUGCCAUUAAUGCUUUGUUUAAAUGUUUUGAGCGGUUACGGUAUUUUUAUGUUUCACUCAAUUUGGUGGCGGUUUCUACUGUUAGAAUUUUGAUACGUAAUUCAUGACUCAGCUCCUUUAACAUCAAUGUACUAGUGACGACAUGACAUUUUUACAUUUAGCCUGUGUAGCUGGCGGGAUUGUUAUGCCCUAUUCAAAACGGGAGAGGCUCGGAGAGGGUUGAAUCCUCACCAGGCUCCAGGCUACCGUCCAGUGGAUAACUCAAUUGGUUUCCCUUAUACCUAUUCGCUAGACAGAGAUUUAUUUAUCCAGUAGAUAGCGCUGUCCAACGUUUGAACGACGAUGGGGCGGGUUUCCGAGCCUUUAAGCUAAUUGCAAAAUUACAGACAUAGCUGUGGCUUUGAGAUAAAGCCACUAACAGACGACUGCAAUGCAAUAAAGAAAACUAUUGAUUUACGCCUGACUAUAGUGAACUUAACCAAGGACGUUUUAGAGCGACACGCACCAACCAGAAGUGGCUGUUUUGCAUCAUUGGUCAGCAGUUUUUUCCCAAAUUAAAUUUCUGGCAAUUCGUCUCAGUAAGACUAAAGAUAUCGUAUUUAUUCGAUUAACCUGCCCUGGGCGCUUAUUAAAUUUUCACCAUUUUCAGCAAGUCAAGUAUGUUUAUUUUGCAACAAACAAUAAAUGGUAAUAACAAAACGCGAAGAUGUAACAAAGUAAGGUCUCUGUAAAAUGCUCUGAAGAAAACUUCGUCUUCGGGGAAGUCUCUUAUUAGUACUUAUUCAAUUUCAAUUUCAAUCUCAUUGUCACUCAAGUCAAUAAGUGAAUUCUCUGGUGCUGCCUCCUCGAUGUCCGACAUCGGGGAGUGGGGUGGGGGUGGGCGCUUAUUCGAGGUGGGCGCUUAUUCGAAUAAAUACGGACUUAACAAGGCACAUUUGUUAGCGUCAAGGUAAUGAGAAAAGGCUUCACUUCCGGUUGACGUGUUACGUCCAGAAAUGUCUUUGCUUAACCUCCCUUGUGUAUUGUUAUGAUGUAGGUUGUAAAGCACACUCAUUGUCCUACGAUUCUUACAAGAGGAGGAGAUCGCAUCAGAAGUAACGGUAAGUUAUUUAGCCCAUUAACCUUUAAGUGACUAGUGUUUAAGAUUUCUCCUUAUUCUUACACUGUUAAGUCAAACAUAAAUAUCGAUAACAUGCUGAGCUGGCAGGUCGCGCAAUAUCACGUGAUCAUGGAAUGACGCAAUGGUGAGGUAGAAUUUCUCCUUAUUCUUACACUGUUCAGUCAAACAUAAAUACCGUGAGAAAAAGCACAUGAUCAGCAAGUGAAAAAGGUCUUGAUUACGCAGGAUAUGCGUGGAGAACGUUGUGGAGAAUGUUUGUAUUAAUUUUAGGGUUUAAAGGGUCGCACCAAUCCCCGUGAUACUGUUUCUUCUAGUGAGAAUUUUAAUCUCGAUUGUUUUGCUCUCUUGCAAAGGUAAAUUCGGCGGACUGCAGAACAAAGCUCCUCCUCUUGAGAGAAUGCGCGGCGCAGUGUUCGCUGCGCCUCUUCCGCUGACAUUCCAUUCACUGACAACGCAGAUUGGUGAGUGACAACUAAAGCUCUUCUCAUUUUUCACCGCCAAUGUAUAACUCCAACAUUGCUGCUAAUGUUUUUCUUUAUUCAUUAUGUUGUCAGAACAACUACAAGCUUUUAAACAAGCCGUUAUCAAACACACACAAGCCAAGGAAGAACUUUCGGUAAGCUUAAAGAAGCGCAUCGCAUUGGUUUUUUUUUUCCUUUCGUACACAAACCCACCCUGCUGUCAGUCUUCUUUUCUUGAGAGCGGAUGAGAAGGGGAAGUUCUGCCUGAAUCGCUUCGAGUCUUGUUUUAACCCUUUAAGUCCCAAAAGUGACCAACGUCAUUUUUCUUUUAACAAUAUCCGUAUAUUGUCAUAAGAUGAGGUUAUGAGAAUUAAUAAAAUGAUCGCCAAAGAAAAAUGCCUUGAUCAUUUAUUGAAUUCUCUCAACUUACUCUUAAAGGAAAUGUAUGGAGAUCACUUUGGAGAAUUUGUAUGUGUAUAUUAAUUGGGGCUUAGAGGGUUAAGGCCGCUUUCCUUCUUAUCGUAUAGGUGAGCGCGACCCCAUAACUUAAAGAUUUGAAUCCGCUUUCACUACUUUUUUGUUCAGCUCGCCAGUUUAUUUUCAAAACAAAUCGCUGGUAACGGUUAGCUGAUUUACGAAUUUGAUCUUGGAGCAUUUGAAGGGAACACUUUCUCUAUCUCCUUUCUCUAACAGCUGCAGCUACAGCACGGACAAACGCAGGAGAUGAAAAUUAAACACCGGGAAUGCAGAGAGGCUGAAACCCAGUUACGCAUGAUUGAGGAGCGUUUGGGCAUGACUCCGACCCAGUACAAUAUGCCUCCCAGUCCGGCCACUAUGCUGCUGACAGAAAUCAACACUCCACCUACCAGAACAGCUACCUCGCGUCGCUCCAGCGCACGAGCUGCGGCUGCGGCUACCGCUUCUCCGACCUUAUCGACUCCGGUCGUAAAUGGUUCGAGCAACGCAUCGGGAAACACAACUUCUCCGCGAACGAGGCGAGGUGCUGCGAUCUCCCCUGAAGAAGUAAGAACGAGUAAACGAACGCGCCGAUGAACAGAACGCAGCUUAAAAUAGUUAUUCUGGAGGUUGACACUACUUUAAACAUACCGCAGUGGAUUUACAGUCAAAACCUUAAAGAACUUGCAAACAUGAUUUUGUGGUACCGAUCAUUUCUUAAACGAGGAAAGUCCGCCAUGGAAGAUGCUUCGCUAUAUUGUGCCAUGCUUUAAAACCUGGUCCUCGUGCUCAUUUAAGUUUACGGCUUUCCUUGUAAAAGAUCUACUGACUGAAAAACUGUACCUCUGAAGACUAUGAGGAGAUUCCAUUUCUUUACAGAUUGUAACAAUUUUUCACUUUGCUACUGUAUCUAUUUUUCACACCCUCCUUCUAGAAGUUUAUCAUUAUACGUGCUUUUGAAAUUUACUUUGAGAACUUAGCGUAAAAUUGAUAUUGUGCUCUGAUUCUCUUUCAUGCCGGAUUAUCUCCCGAAACUAAACCAAAAGUGGAGCCGACGUUUUCCAAGUUUACUCCAUCUUCUUCAGUCUUGACUAUACACGUCCUAUCUGAGGUUGAAGAGGAUACGUGAUGUUUUUUUUAUCUCUUGGUUUUAGCUAAAAAUUGCCUAAAAUUGCAUGACAUUGCGCUUUUAUAUUAGAGACCUUAAGAUCGGAGUGUUUUGGCAUUUCCCGCUAACCGCGAACGUCAAGAAUUCACGUGACCAGUGCCCUGCCGUCGGAAUUUGGGUUUGAGGUUCACAUUCCUACAGCAUGAGCACGCUCAAGGGAUAUAAUAAGUGAUUUACUGCAAGGAUUUUUGCACCCCAAAACAUCCUAAUACCGCGUUUGAGAGGAAAUACUACCUUUUAGAACUCUUCCGCAUAUUAAUCAUCCAAUUCGUUUUCAUAGGAACGUAUUUUUGAAGACAAUUUCUGAGCUAAAAUAGUUUGCCGUUUUCAGUAAGAUGGCCAAACCUCGAUCUUAAGGUCUCUAUUCUUAAUUUCAAUUUGACUGAAAUUCAGUUCAGUAGUCUUACUUAACCUUACUACAUCCUAUACGCCACUAAUUUAUCUUCGUGUUAAAAGGUAUUACGGU